CCCUAAGCCAGGCCCUCCCUAGAGAUCUCAUACCAUCCUGUGCACUUUUUCAUUUCUCACCAGAACUAAGAGGUGAGCACAGUGUGUGUGAAUGCUCCCCACACCUGGUGAAAACCAGCUUGUGUAAAGUUGACAAACUUGUUUGUCAAGUGUGUGACACAGCACAGCAAGCAGGGGAGGGAGGCAGGCAGAGGCCAUUUGGGAAGAUGGAAUAAAGAGCUGUAUUUUGUCGCCUGUGUUUUAAAGAUUCUAUUUGGAGUAUGGGAGAAGAAUUUCAUCCAAUCUGAUUUCAAGGGAAACAUUUUAAGCCAUAGGAUCAGUAAGGCGGAAUCUGCAGGAAGCUGAACAGGUGAGAUCAGACUGACACACUUUAUUCCGUGGCUGUUAUUGUCCUGAAUGAAAUUGAUUUGUCUUUCUGUCUGUGUCUGGGCGAUACAUUGUAUUUAUUUCCGGUUUGUGUGCCUUCUUUUGGCUGGCUGUGUGUAAUGGGAUUUGUAAUCCAAGCAAACAUGAAAUCCACAGUUCAGACUUUCCAACCCUCCCCUCGUUUGUUUUUGUUUUACAUCAAGCUUACUAUAUGCUUGGCUUUCAGUGGUUAUCAAAGGCUGCGAUUUGGAGUGAUUUUGUCAUUUUCUCUGAAACAGAGGUCCAUCAUCUUACGACUGAUUUCUAAAGCAUAUCUCAGAAUAUAAUAUACAUGUGUGAUCUGUCUAUGGAUUCAAAGACUUGGGAUCUAUUUACUAAACAGUGAGUUCUAAUGAGCUAAAAAACCAAACUGCCAAAUCUAUUGGAUACAGCCUGUUAAUUCUGACAAGGUCUUGUUUUUUGUUUGUUUCCCCACCAAACAGGGUUAUUAUCUAACGUGUGAAAUGGUUGGGCCAGAAUUGUCAAAUUGUUUAAAUUAUCCAAGUCAGCUAUUCUUUCAGUUCUCUUAUUUUGGAAUAAAAUGUUAAAUACACUUUGGGUUCCUGACACUCUUUGAGGGAUUUAUUAUACUGUCCUAAGGUUUGCCUUUUGGGAUCUCAUUGAAUUAAAUGGACACCAUAACUUCAUCUUGAGGUGCUGUCUUACCUUAAGGGGUUAAACCAUUAACAAAUAGUUUAACCCCACAAACUGGAUGACAGCGCCCAAUUGCUUUGCUCCUCCACAUCCUUUAAAAGUCACAAAGCCACAGAUUGGAUGCUACUGAGCUGACACUCAGCCUAUCAUUGGCUCCACAUUUGGAAAAAUGAGAGAGAGAGAGAGAGAGAGAGAGAGAGAGAUGUAUAUGUGUAUAUGUAGGAGUUUACAUGCUCUAGUCUAGAGCAGUGGCAGACAACCAUCAGCUCUCCAGAUGGGAGAUGCCAAAGGUUGUCUAUCUCCUGGUCUAGAGGAACCACUGGUGGAAUCCAAGUUAGUUGCAAAACCAUUUGCAAAUUAAGUGAUUUGUCACCAGUGUUUUCUGAUUGCAAUCCCCACGCCUUUUAGUGUCUGUCAUUCAAAUAGCCACUAGCAGCUUCAUACUAAAAGAGUUUUUAUAGAUGAAUGUAUUUUAGUCCAUUGUUAGCAUGCACAGUAUGGAGAUGUCAGACAAUGCAUUGGGUUUACAGCAUUGGUUUGGAGAUUGCUGUGGCUGUGAUAUAUAUCUCUCUCUCUAUAUAUCUGCAGUACAUUCAAUUGGGGGGGAAAAUGACUUCAAAGGAUUAGGCUGAGGUGAGGGAUCUGUCUCAGUACUAGAUGACAGAUACAUUUCAAGGGACACUGUAGGCACCCAGACCACUUCUUCAGGCCAUUAAAGUGGUCUGGGUGCCAACUCCCUCACCCUUUUUUUUUUAGUUUUUAUAAACUGCAAUAAUUACCUUGCGGGGUUGUUAUUGUUAUUGUUAUUAUUAUUAUUAUUAUUAUUAUUAUUAUUAUUAUUUAUUAUUUAUUUAUUUAUAUAGCGCCAACUAAUUCCGCAGUCCUUUACAAUAUUAUGAAAGGGGGGGAAUUUUACAAUACAUGAGACAAUUACAUAGUGACACAGGAACAAUAGGUAGAUGAGGACCCUGCUCAAACGAGCUUACAGUCUAGGUUAAGUCCUCCUCUAGUGGCUGUUUACCAGACAGCCACUAGAGGGACUUCCGGGUUCUUAGACGACUUUUAAUCAUCUAAAUCACGCUGGACGUCCUCACAUCCUGCAUGAGGACCUCCAGCGUAGCCGGAAACCCCAUAGGAAAGCAUUGAAUAAUGAUUCUAAUGCGAGUGUGGGGAGGAGUGUGGGCGGAGCCUGACCCGGGGCCGAGGGACAUCGGCGAUGGAUUCUGGUAAGUGACUAAAGGGGUUUUAACCCCUUCAGUGACAUGAGAUGGGGGGAGGAGGGGGGCACUCCAGGAUUCCACAGUGCCAGGAAAACGGGUUUGUUUUCCUCGCACUAGAAAGUCCCUUUAAGAGCAGAAUCUUUGUUUUGUGUCAUUGUUUUUAAUUUGAAAUGUUGGCAGAGCCAAACUGAAAGCAGAGCAAAUUUAGUUAUUUUGGCCUAAAAAUUUCAAUUCCCUUAGAUUUCACUUUGAAUUACAAACAACUCAAACUUUAGACAUAGAAUGGUGGAAACUGCAUUCGAGAACAUACAAGAGCAAAGAGAAACUAUAAUACCAAUAUAUAGUGCUUUGUAAAUCCAAUACUCCAGAUUGCUAUUUUUGUUAAUGUUUUUUUAUUUUUUUUGGUGUACUGGAAGAAAAUAUAUUUUUGGUUUGUGUGUUUUUUGUUUUGUUUUUUUGGAAAAGAAGGUCCUUCAUAGUUAAAAUUUGCAACAACAGCGUCAAUUCUACCAUGCAACAUUACUUGUUUGUAAUCAGAUGUGAAGUUUUUAUCUCCUGCUCUGUAAGUUGAAAUUUAAUCACACACAGGGGGUCUAGAAAGCUAUUACCAGAGCAAUAGAAACAAAAAUUCUAUAUUAAACAGAGUGUGCAAUAAAUGAAGUGUAAACAUUAGAUGACUUUACAGGAAAUGUUUAGGAAGGCUAUGCAAGUCACAUGCAGGAAGGUGUGACUAGUACUGCAUAGAUAGUGAUUUAACCCCUAAAUGGCAGAGAAUUGAGCGAUGAUGCUGCAGUGACAUGAUCUAUACACCAAAACUGCUUCAAUAAGCUAAAGUUGUUUUGGGGACUAUAGUGUCCCUUUAAAGGGAUACUAUAGUCCCCAAAAGAACUUUAACUUAUUGAAGCAGUUUUUGUUUAUAGAUCAUGCCUCUGAAGUUUCACUGCUCAAUCCACUGGGCGUUAAAUCACUUUUGUUUCUGUUCAUGCAGCCCUAGCCACAUCUCCCAUGGCUGUGACUGACACCGCCUGCAUGAAAACAAAAUGGUCCCAUUUUAAAUCAAAUGUUACUUACUUUAAAAGUUUUUGUCUCCUGCUCUCUAAAUAGAAAUUUCAUAUUUAAUGCUCCUGCAGGGCCUAACAAGCUGUUAAAAGAGCAGGAGAUACGAAAUUCUAAAUUACACAGAAUUUCCAAUAAAGGAAUUGUAAACAUUAGAUGACUCUUUACAGGAAGUCUUUAGAAAGGCUGGAAGGUGUGACUAGAACUGCAUAAACAAAGUAAUUUAACUCCUAAAUGUGCAGCCCAGGUAUGCGGAAUACCAGGAAGCCAAAGUGGGAUGGCAGGCCGGGAUCCCAAAAUCAAGAUUGUCCCGCCACAAGCAGGAUUUUUUGAAGGGCUCACCAUUUAAGUUGUGAGUCAUCAAAAAUUCUAAGUUAAUUUCAAGUGUUCGGCCAAGAUAGCCGAACUGAAAAGAUUGUGCAGUUGGACGAUUGUUCCAUUUUGUUCUUUAACACCUUAAGGACCAAACUUCUGGAAUAAAAGGGAAUCAUGACAUGUCAUGUGUCCUUAAGGGGUUAAAUAAGCUUGCUUGUCUUUCCAGCUGUUUUUGAAUCAUAGUUCCCCCCAAUUCUAGGUACUUGAUUUUUUUUUUUAAAUGUGAAGAGAGUGGUAGCCCACUCCUGCUUUACUCGAAUAAUAAAGGCUUUUGUUUAAAUAAAGCAAAGUAUGUUAUCCAGAGGAUGGGUCAUGCCGGGGUUAAUGUAAAUAUUUGCUUGUCUCAACCAUUGUAAUUAGACAAAGCCAUGGAAAAGUCAUAUGAUUUCACAUGGAUUUUAUUUCAGCACAUUUUAAGAGUGAUAUUAAUUUACUGCAUGUCUUGUCUAAAAAUAAAUAAUUAAAAUAGACUGUCACGGUUGAGAUGCCAGUGCAUAAGGUAAACUUGUGGAAGUACCACACCCAAAUGACAAUUCAUGUCACCUGGCAAUGAAACCAGCACUGAUGAAAACUCAGACCUGCCGAUCUUCCAGGAUGGAGGUGGGAUGGGUUAUGAACAGGUUCGCAGAGCUCUGUGAAGGUGGUGGGCUCAGGUCUAAAGAAUGUGGCAUAAUAACAGCCUGCCCCCUAAAUCAGACCAUGUAUGGAGCACUGCAGAGCUCUGUGUAUUAUCUAUUUUGCCCAGUCCCCUCUUGUAUUCUCAAAUGUGUUGAACCGGAUUUGUGCUGGGACAUAACCCCAAAAUGUGGGAAUGUGCUGGCAAAUUCAGGACUAGUGGCACCUAUGAAAGCUGUGUACACAGCACUUGUCCAUGCCCGAUGAGCUCCUUUGGGUUAUUUACUGUCAAGUAGCUGAAUUGGGACCAAUCUCCGUUACACUUCCAAUUUGACUCUUUAACCUAAAUUUUCAAGAUCACUUUUAAAUUCACUUUGAAUUUCUUCUAAUUCACACAUUACUAAUUAACCAAACUUUGUGCUUGACUACAUAUAUAAAAAUGCACGCUUAUUUAUUCACAAAGUGCUUAACUGCAGUGGAUUUAAAACUAAAUUGCAAAAUUUAGACUAAAGCGAGCUGUGACUAUAUGAAAUUGGACCCUUUAUAAAGAGACCUGUAUGUGCGGGGCAUUUAUAUGCACUUGAAGAAGGCUUUGUAUGUCGAAAUGGUAUUACACGACCAGUGUUUUUAUUUUAUAAAGUACUUGUCAUUUCUACCAUGGUAUCUGGCUUGUAUUUUUUUUUUUAUAUUUUAAUAUCUUUUUAUAUUUCUAUACUGGUGGAUAUUUUGUAUUCUACCAUCGAUCACCGUGUGAGCUUGAGAGGGGGACACGAGAGGGGGACACCAGAUAAUUUUACAAUAGUUUUUUCCUUUAUUUUGUUUUCUAUGUUUUUCUACACUUACUCUUUAAAUAUAGGGUAUUGUCCAAUCUGUUUAAGUAUUUUUUAGUUAAUAUUUUCACUGGCACUUGGCACACUUUGUUUAUUGCGUUUGUACAUUUGUAUAAUAACCCAUGUAUUCCGUCUCAUUUGAGUUGUGUGGUUCAACACUAUGUGGUAGGGGUUGCCCUUCAUUUCUUAUGUAGGUUUCCGAGUAGGGCCACCCAGAGAGACCGGGAUGAACGGGUGUCCAAGUCUUCAGGGACCAGCUUUCUUAUUUCAUUGUAUAUCCCUUGUCAAGCAGCUAUCGUUGCAUUUGAAAAUGAUUUUGCAUCUUAUCCCUAGUGGAAUGCUUGCAGUUCCCUUGUGCACACACUUCCGAAUCUAUAUGCACACUAAAUCUUUACUUGAACCUUUGGAACACUCGUGUCUAAUAUUAUAAUUGGUAUGAUGGCAGAAGGCAGUGAUUUGAAGUGUAAGGAACCCUCGCUCCUUCAAGGAGCUGGGCUGAGAUGAGGCAGAGCGUUAAAAGCUAGAUAGUCGACUUGCUAGGCAACCAGGGAAGAUGGUGAGAAUUGGAAUUAUGUGAUAAGACCAUGUUUGAUUUGUUAGUAGCAUGCCAACAGCAACAGUCUUAUCAUGGCCAAGUAUUUCAGCUGGAAAGAGAACAGUUGAUUAAAACUCACAUGUGUAAGAGAUAUUCUGUGAUGAAGCACCAUUCUAAGGGAACCUACAUGCUCUGAAUAUAAUCCUUGUAUAUUCCAAGGUGGAACUUUUGCUUACUAUUAUUCAUUAGUGUGAAUUGUCUGAAAGUGUCUUAAAAUGAAUUUCAAAUGUCCGUACAAAAAAUACCAAUUGGAACAAACCUUCAGUCAGCCCAUGUUUUUAUUUAUUUUUUUACCCUAUAAAUUUACGCUUGGGUAAACAAAAAUAGCUGAUGGUGUUUAUUAAUUGUCUUUUCAUUAUAACACACUCUUAACCAAGUCUUGUUCAGUUUAAUCCAAUAGGCACACACAGAAAAAGCUCAACUAGACACUUGAAUAGCAAAUACUUGGUUUAAAAGAUACGUGCUAUCAGAAUAGCACUGGAUACCUUGGCCAUGUUGUCUUAACUGCACCACCACACAUCGGAAGCUUGUACACUGCAACGAGAUGUUGAUCCACACAGAUCUUUAGAGGUGUAUCAUGUCUCUGUGAGAAUAUGUCUCAUAUAAAUUCCGAUUUCUUUAUGGUAUGUGUAUUCAGCAGUUUGCUGAACCUCCGCUCCUACCUAUUUACCUACUUCAUGUGGUUGAUAUGAGUGAUCAAUUGCAGUUAAUAAUAUAAAAUAAUUUUUGAACCAAGAAAGGUACAUUUUGCUUCCUGUGAGUUUAAAUAUGUUGUAGGGCAGGGAAAGGCAACAUUUGGCAAUCCAGAUAUUCUGAACUACAUCUCUUAUACUGCUCUUACAGCACAAUGUUGGCAAAUCAUCAAGGGGGAUGUAGUCCGCAACAGCUGGAGUGCCGAAGGCUGUCUACCUCUCUUGUAUUGUGUACAUGUCUUCAUUCAACAGUUCAGAUAGACUUAUUAUAUUCAUCUUUGAAGAACGGGGGUCUGUGAUGACCUACAACCCUGAGGUUUGGUGAGGCUCUAAAAUUCAGCAUCUCGAUAACAAAUAAAGACAGUGACUAUCACUACACGCAAUAUCAACAUGUGAUAAAUUGACGUCAUUCUCCUUAUCCGAUGUUGCAAUAUUGCAACUUUACUUCCCAUAAAGAAUAAUUAUUUUAUUGUAGGACAGCCUUGUCCUCUUCCACCCCCGAUCACCUCCAUCCUAUUACUGUCAGGAGAGAGGAAGUGCUCUGGAUUUGCUGAAAUGCCUUACCCGUGAGAGUUCAUUCUUGUAUCAAAAGAAUAUACUCAAUAGGUGUUGGGCUGAACCUAAAAAAUUUUUUUAACAAAUUACUGAAAAUCAAAAGCCCUGACCCCUAGAUACUUUUAUUUAUUUUUUUUAAAAUGUAUUUAUUUUUUUCUGAACUCCGUUAAACAAUGUCUGUAUAGAACAACAAAGUAAAGUCACUUCUUGAAAAAUCCUUAAUGCUCCAGUGAUAACAGGUUGUUGACAAUGCAUAUAAUAUAGUGUGUGUGACUAGAUGUAAGAAUGGUAUCACAGUGUAUUGGCUGUAACAAUCGCCAUGAUUUUACACCAGCCAGUUUCAGCAUAUGUUACACCAUUCAUUUAAUUUACAAGUGGGGCAAAAUCAGAAACUCUGGUUAAAAAAAAAAAAAAAAGGGGGCGGGGGGGUUUAUUUCCAUAAUCUAAUCAAUUUUAUUUAUUUAUUUAUUUUUACAGCAAUAGAGCAAUUACCUGCAGCUCUAAGGUUUCCCAUAGUAUCACAUAAUGUAAGGUAGAAUAAACUUGGUGUUAACCUAAGGUAUCCGGUAAAGUUAGAUCUGGUAAACUAAGCUACAGCCUAGAGAAUCCACCUGCAAGCAGCUCUCCAUUGAGUCAAUUCUCCGUAAGGUAAAAAGGAAAUGUGGGGAAAAAAAACUAAUAUGUAUUUAUUUUAAUUUCAAAAAAAGUUUUGUUUUUUUUUUUAAACUAAAAAUACAAAAAAAAAACCAGACCAUUAUCUCAUAAAACGUUUUUCUUUACACACGAAAAAAUACAGAUGGCAUUACUCCCUGAUUCUUAGAAUGAUUCACCCGGCUCAGAGAUGGUGUGUCCUUUUGACUACAGAACACCGUAUGGUUUGAAAUAUUCUGCCUGACCCACUUCCCCACAUUCAUAUUGUGUUUCUUCAUAUGCUGAUGCAUACAGUGUUGGGUUUCAUUCUUCAUGGCUCUUUUGACUCUGUAUGUGCAUUGCAUGUGAGAUUGACACGGUGGGGCAUACAAAUAGCGUGACUCACAGCUAAAUCACAGGGACGUUUUUAUUGGAUUGAGUGGGUAUUUCUUUUUUUACAAUUUCUACUCCGAAUUCCUCAUUGCAUGUCUGUUUAUGCAAAACUGAUGAUGCAAUAAAAUAUUCUUAAAAAAACAUACUAUUCUUUUAAUCUUUUUGAAGUUUUUUUUCCCUUCAUUUAAUUUGUUUUGUUUUUUUGUUUUUUUUCAUGACCUUAAAUCCAUGAUAUAAAAUACAAAUUGAUAAAUAAUUAGAAUUCAAUUUUAAACAAAAAGUUCAAGUGUAUAUAAUAAAAAUUUGUAUUUGAAUAUUUUUUUUCUUUUGCAACAUAAUCAUGGCUAUUCUAAGAAAAUAUCGACCGUUCUAGUUGUGUAAAUCUGCAAUAAAUGAAAUAGCAUGGAUUUUUGCCCUCUUAAGCCUAAAAGAAAGUAACCCUUUUAAUUUGCUUGCUACCUUUAAAACAUUCCCCUCUGCCACACAGGCGGUGCCCUGCAUUUUUUCCUUUAAUUUCAAAUCCAUGUCUCUUUGUGUGUGUGUGUGUUAAAGGCAGGGACGUGCAAGCUGACACAUGUUGGAGCACUUGUAAUACAACUUGAGUUUUUCGUAAUACAUUUACCUCCCAUUCACUUUUCUUACUAUAAAAUCAUAUUGUAAGUCUUUACUUGGAUAGAAGUGAUUGAAGACGUUAACGGCCCCUUGCAAAUUAUAUAUUUUUUUUAAAAUAGAGAGGAAGAGAGCCCAGUGGGAAUUCCUAGGACACACUUAUAAGAGUUCUUCUCAUGUGUUAUAAAGUUUAAAUAACACAUGCAUGUUAUAACUGUCUACCUUUUUUAUUUAAUUUUUUUUUUUUUUAAUGUAACCAAUAUGUUCUUCGGUUUUCAACUAUUUGCAUAGUGUUUCCUUAAGAUGCCCAGACAAGUGAGAUACUAAGUAAUUCAAGAUAAGGAAAAGAAAAUGUGGAAGCAAAUUUUUUAAACCUUUUUUUUUUUUUUUUUUUGAGCACGAGAAUAAUUUUAGUUAAAUGAAUGGGAACCUUCUAAUGUCUGUCUCUGAAAGGAAUGUGGUAAGUGGUGUUCUUUAAAAACAAGUUUGCCUUUAGUCCUUGACGUCAAGAUUUUAUCAAUGCAAAUCUUCUUAGUUUACAGACUUUUUUUUUUUUUGCUUGAGGGAUGAUUCUAUACUGGAUAUGGUUUUAAUAUGUAAAGGAUCCACCUACUGUCAUUUCUCUAAUACAGACCUGACCUAGAUUCACCUUCAUUGACAUUUUAAUUCCUGAAACCAACAGAGCUCCAGUCCCCUGUAUCUUCCUAUGAAUUUCAGGGAAAAAUGUGACUAUAAGAUUAAAUUCCUUCCAGUUCUGCCAAUUGUAUUUUUCCCAAAGACAGAACGUUUUUCGGUACACCUGACAUUUGGUGUGGAUGUUGGUUCAGCUCUGUCAAAGACUGAUUCAGGAACUUAAUCAGACAAACAAGUCAAAAAGACUUGGAAGUGGGUCAAUCAGUGGGCUGCAAAAUUUAUACCAUUUGGUUCACAGAUUCUGUGAGAAAAACAGUGCUAAAUAGGAAAGCAGAGGAGCAGUAAAAUAAAAUGAUAUAUUUACUCUGUAAUCGGGGUAUGUUUCUAAUCAGAAUUAGGGAAUUUUGCAGACAGAACACUCGAUCUGCACAAAUUUUGUCCGAUUUUCAGUUUGAUCCAAAGCAAAUCUCCAAGUGUAAUACUCGUUUUUCACUGCAGUAAAUUACAUGGUCUUUAUUCAAAGCAGAAUCACAAGCAUUAUUAUAGCAUAUUUUGAAAGAAAAAAACCAAAAUGGUGUAUUUUAUGCUGGAUACUAUUGCAUUGAUUCUGCACUAUUGGUGCAUGGAGUGUCUCUUAAAGGGACACUAUAGUCACCAGAACCACUACAGCUUAAUGUAGUAGUUCUAGUGUCUACAGCAUGUCCCUGAAGUCUAAGCACUGUAAUUGCUGCCUUUUAGUGACACCACUAGUUGCAGUCAAGUCAAACGGCCACUAGAGGCGCUUCCUAGUUUAGAUUGAAUCUGUCGUGUAGUCUGGACCAGCCAAGGCAACACCAGUGCGGCGAUUGAGAAAAGGUAAGCAAACACCUAAAUUGGUAGUCCAGCACUGUAGUGUUCCUUUAAAUAAAAACAGAAAUUAAUAGGUCAUUCAUUUAGCAUUAAAGGAACACUAUAGUCACCUAAAUUACUAUAGCUAAAUAAAGCAGUUUUAGUGUAUAGAUCAUUCCCCUGCAAUUUCACUGCUCAAUUCACUGUCAUUUAGGAGUUAAAUCACUUUGUUUCUGUUUAUGCAGCCCUAGCUACACCUCCACUGGCUAUGAUUGACAGAGCCUGCAUGACAAAAAAAAAACUGGUUUCCCUUUUUCAUACAGAUGUAAUUUACCUUAAAUAAUUGUAUCUCAAUCUCUAAAUUGAACUUUAAUCACAUACAGGAGGCUCUUGUAGGGUCUAGCAAGCUAUUAACAUAGCAGGGGAUAAGAAAAUAUUAAUUAAACAGAACUUGCAAUAAAGAAAGCCUAAAUAGGGCUCUCUUUACAGGAAGUGUUUAUGGAAGGCUGUGCAAGUCACAUGCAGGGAGGUGUGACUAGGGUUCAUAAACAAAGGGAUUUAACUCCUAAAUGGCAGAGGAUUGAGCAGUGAGGCUGCAGGGGCAUGUUCCAUACACCAAAACUGCUUCAUUAAGCUAAAGUUGUUCAGGUGACUAUAGUGUCCCUUUAACCACAUUUGAAUGUACUUGGAUAUAUUUUUAUUUAAAGGGUAGCUGUCGCUAUCCAAAAAUUGACAACAUUUCCAAAACGUAGCAUAAUAAAUAAAUUGCAGUAAUAUGCCCCAUGUGUGCUUUCGUUUGUUCAUCCUAUGUAAUCCAGUAACUGCUACUUUCGUAUGCUGGAUUUAAAUAAAUAAGAGCACCAAUUUGAAAUGUUUAUGCAAGAUAGGUCAUUAUUUAUUUUAACAAGAUUACUGGUUAUCAAUAAGUAAACAGCAGGCACAAGUCUGCUAACAGACCUUUAGAAAAUCACAUUCUUUUCUCAGCACUGGUGACAUGUUUGCCCAGGGCUAGGACAUCCCACAGUGGUCUGUUACAAUAUAACUAGCUAUAAUUACAAGUGCUAACCUUGGCUUUGCAAAAACCACUCGGCUCCACAGAAUGUAUAUAGGAAAUAGUUUACAAAUAGGAAUGCUUAAUGCUAUUUUCUAUAUAUUAUUUCCCUUCUUUAUUAACAGGAAAUUCCAAGCAGUAUAACUACUAUAUGGUCCUAGGUUUUCCCUAAUGCCCCUGCCGCUCAAUAUUGGAAAUGGACAAACCGUUCUAGAAUGGUUUGAUUUCUUACCAGGGGUCACCGGGUGGAACUAGGGGAUAUGGGGAGCAUACUCCAGGUAAGAUGGCAUCCCAUUCUAAAACGGUUUUACUACUUAUAAUGAGUGGGGGAGAGGGGUCUGGGCUCUACUGGCUCCAUAUCAACUACAGAGUAGCUAUGGUGCUUUGAGUGUUCCAUUAAUGAAGCACUCUGUACUGUAAUUCAGAAAAAAAAAUCUGAGUAAUUACUAUGGAGUUGUGAAGUUUAGUUUGUACUUAUGUAUUGAUAUACUUUGCGAAGUCCAAUUUGAUCAUAAGUGAAUAGUGGUUCUCAUCAGAAAGCAAAUGAAUGCAUAAAAAUGUGUCAAUAUUCUGUUUAAUAACUACGACUGAUGAAAAGAAGUACAAAAUAUAUAUGAGGCGUUGAGAAUACACAAAACAAAUCUCCAGGGUACCGAAAGGUGAAUAUGGGCAGGAAAACCAAGAGGCAGAAGCCCGACAAGCCUUGACCAGGCAUGGAGCGGCUUGCCCCAAGAUUGCCGACUACAUGGUGGGCUUCACAGACUCCUCAGGGGAAAACCCGCUAGACGAGUUGGCUGUAAACUUACUUUCACAGGCCCCAAUCCCUGAUACCCCACGGAGCCCUGACUCCCAGCCUGUCACGAUGGGGACUCUGAAAGACCUGCUCUCCAACCUGCAAAAGAAUAUACAAGCCAAUGUGGCCUCCCUCCGCACAGACCUCUCUGGCCUCGUGGGCAGACUGAGCACCCUGGAAACGUUCUCAGACAGCCAAACACGGAGAAUUGCCAAUUUGGAGGCUGCAGUGCUAAACCGACAACAGCAGCUGGCUACGACCGAGCAAAGAUUUGCAAAUCUGGAGGACAUGAGGUGACGAAAAAAUCUCAAGAUAAGGGGCAUCCCAGAUGACAUAUCGGUGGAACUCCUGCACCUGGCAAGGGGCUUACUAGCCGUACUCCUGACACCUAAACGUGAAGGUGAAGUCUGUCGCCCUUGAAGGUGUUCUCUGCAUUCCCAAGCCUAAAAAAGCCCCUGACACCGCUCCAAGAGGCCUGGUCAUACGCUUCCAAAAUAUGAGAGACAAGUCAUCCAUGACGGCUGCUCUUAAAGGGACUUCCCAGUUUGUAUUUGAAGGCAUGAACCUCUCAUUUUAUAAUAUCUCCAGUAGUACAUUAUCCUGGAGAAGAUCACUGCAACCGUUCACCUCCCUACUCAGAGAACACACGACUCGAUACAACUGGAAGCAACCUACACAGUUUAGGAUAUGACCGGCGCAUGCGCCCUUCUGGGGACCCUCUGCCUCCCACAAGAAUCUCUGCAACAAAAGAAACCCCCGGCUGCAACCGAUAGAUGGGAUCUGAGGAACCACAGCGGGCUGAAGCAGACGCCAACGCAGCAGCAACCACCUGAUGGCUCCCGCAACCUACCCUAAGCUAACAACUUAAAAGUUCAGGACUGAACAUAGUUCACUAUGUGUCCAGUGCUAUCACCAGUCCAGUGCAGUUUUCUGUUUUGCCCAUUAAAGGACGAAAACACACAGCGUGCCCACACUUAGUCUUUCGGUCAAAUCCCCCCCCCCCACCUCCACCUACGACUUUCUAGAGAUAAGACAAAUUUUGAAGACAGUGAGGCAUUAAACCCCAGGGAAAGCAGUAACCCCCUACACCUGGUGCCAAACAUCAUCCUCAAGAGAUACCUGUCCUACAGGGGUCAUCCCGAACCAAACAGGGUUGUUCUCAUUUUAUAUCAACCUACCUUAUAUACAGUUGCAAGAAAAAGUAUGUGAACCCUUUGGAAUGAUAUGGAUUUCUGCACAAAUUGGUCAUAAAAUGCGAUCUGAUCAUCUAAGUCUCAACAAUAGACAAUCGCAGUCUGCUUAAACUAAUAACUAACAAAGAAUGAAAUGUUGCCAUGUUUUUAUUGAACACACCAUGUAAACAUUCACAGUGCAGGUGAAAAAAGUAUGUGAACCCCUAGACUAAUGACAUCUCCAAGAGCUAAUUGGAGUGAGAUGUCAGCCAACUGGAGUCCAAUCAAUGAGAUGAGAUUGGAGGUGUUGGUUACAGCUGCCCUGCCCUAUAAAAAACACACACCAGUUCUGGGUUUGCUUUUCACAAGAAGCAUUGCCUGAUGUGAAUGAUGCCUCGCACAAAAGAACUCUCAGAAGACCUACGAUUAAGAAUUGUUGACUUGCAUAAAGCUGGAAUGGGUUAUAAAAGUAUCUCCAAAAGCCUUGCUGUUCAUCAGUCCACGGUAAGACAAAUUGUCUAUAAAUGGAGUAAGUUCAGCACUGCUGCUACUCUCCCUAGGAGUGGCCGUCCUGUAAAGAUAACUGCAAGAGCACAGCGCAGACUGCUUAAUGAGGUGAAGAAGAGUGUCAGCUAAAGGCUUACAAAAGUCACUGGCAAAUGCUAACAUCUCUGUUAGUGAAUCUACAAUACGUAAAACUCUAAACAAUAAUGGAUUUCAUGGGAGGAUACCACAGAGGAAGCCACUGCUGUCCAAACAAAACAUUGCUGCAUGUUUACAGUUUGCACAAGAGCACCUGGAUGUUCCACAGCAGUACUGGCAAAAUAUUCUGUGGACAGAUGCAACCAAAGUUGAGUUGUUUAGAAGAAACACACAACACUAUGUGUGGCGAAAAAAAGACACAGCACACCAACAUCAAAACCUCAUCCCAAUUGUGAAGUAUGGUGGAAGGGGCAUCAUGGUUUGGGGCUGCUUUGCUGCGUCAGGGCCUGGACGGAUUGCUAUCAUCGAAGGAAAAAUUAAUUCCCAAGUUUAUCAAGACAUUUUGCAGGAGAACUAAAGGCCAACUGUCUACCAGCUGAAGCGCAACAGAAGAUGGGUGUUGCAACAGGACUAUGACCCAAAGCAUAGAAGUAAAUCAACAACAGAAUGGCUUAAGCAGAAGAAAAUACGCCUUCUGAAGUGGCCCAGUCAGAGUCCUGACCUCAACCCGAUUGAGAUGCUGUGGCAUGACCUCAAGAAAGCGAUUCACACCAGACAUCCCAAGAAUAUUGCUGAACUGAAACAGUUCUGUAAAGAGGAAUGGUCAAGAAUUACUCCUGACCGUUGUGCAUGUCUGAUCUGCAACUACAGGAAACAUUUGGUUGAAGUUAUUGCUGCCAAAGGAGGUUCAACCACUUAUUAAAUCCAAAGGUACACAUACUUUUUUCCACCUGCAUUGUGAAUGUUUACAUGGUGUGUUCAAUAAAAACAUGGCAACAUUUCAUUAUUUGUGUGUUAUUAGUUUAAGCCAGGGGUUCUCAAUGUUAGUCCUCAGGACCCCCUACCAGUCCAGGGUUUAGGGAUUACCUGGGUGUGUCUAAGGUGUUUAGAAAAAGAAAAAGAAAACACUUUAGAGUCUAAGGUGUUUUUUUCCCCCCCUUUUUCUAAACACCUGAGACACACCCAGGUAAUCCCCAAAUCCUGGACUGGUAGGGGGUCCUGAGGACUGGGUUGAGAACCCCUGGUUUAAGCAGACUGUGAUUGUCUAUUGUUGUGACUUAGAUGAUGAUCAGAUCACAUUUUAUGACCAAUUUGUGCAGAAAUCCAUAUCAUUCCAAAGGGUUCACAUACUUUUUCUUGCAACAGUAUUCACCCCUGCUAAUUGACAUAUAAGCACGCUAAAAGCGAGUGUAUACCUCCUUACGAGUUUCGUGCUAUACAAGCGCUGCAUGCUCACCAGUUUAUACCCAGCAGGUCCACUAGCUGGCGAUCAUAAGCGAUUAGCCACAUAGCCUCCUAAAACCAAAAACCCUCAGCUCCCUGGCUUUGUCAUUUCUGUGUGUUGAAUUAUCUCAUCAUAUGUUAUAUCGUUUCACAGUGUUUGUUGUACGAUGCUUUCUCACAACAGUAAGUCUGAGACAAAAAUAAAGAAUAAAAAAAUUAAAAUCUCGGGAGCUCUGUACAUAUGUAACAUUUGUUUAGUCCGGUAAAGUUGGUAAUUAAAAUGUUGUAAUAUUGGAAGCAAUAAAUUAAUCAAUUUACUAUUCUUCUGUGACAACGCUAUAGCUAAUAGCCCAUGCUUGCUGAAUAUUUUAAUAAGAUCCUAUAACUUUAAUUUACUUAGAAUUAGACUAGUGGAUUAUCAACUAAACAUUGAGAAUAACCCAUCUUAUUCUAAGGAUUGUUUGUUUUUCUUUAAAUUUCUCCACUAAACCGUCAUUUGUAACAACAAUCUGUGAAUCCAUCUUUAUCAGCCUCAAAUAAUACAUUUGUUACCAUGAACUCUGUGAUGGAUUAUUUUUAUUUUUAUUUUUUUAUAAUAUUGUAAUUGAAAUUCACUUUGGUUUUGAGUGCGGGUUUGCACCUUUGUUGAAAUGUGUGUUGUUUUUUUUUUUUUUUUUUUAAUUAAAACUGGAUUAAAUUUGGAUUAAAAACUUGAAAUGCCCAAUUGUCAUUAAUGGAAAAACGGUUUCUUUGUGAAUAUCUGCAUUACCUGCACCUGUUCUGCUUUGACCAUAGAGACCAAUAAAAAUCGUAUUAACAAAAAAAAAAAAGUGAAAAGCCUGUUGAGACUGACCCUGUACUCCAAUAAUUAUCUAUUGGUACACAAAUAGAACUGUAUUUUAUUAUUAAUUCAGGGACCCAAAAACCUCAUGAAAUGAGGCAGAUAUAUGUGACGUGGAACUCAAAAUAACAAAAGACCGCAUCAAUUCCAAUAUAUCACUUUAACACUUACUGCAAAACAGUAUUAACUUCUAUCCUAGAUAGUACGGACCCAAGAAACUAUAGACCGAUUGCAUUAAUUAAUGUUGAUAUGAAAAUAUACUCCGCCAUUAUUGCUGAGAGAUUGAAAACUGUUAUUACUAAACUUAUUCAUCCAGACCAAAUAGGGUUUAUCCCCGGAAGAUGGGCAUCAAAUAACACCCGAAAGCUCAUAGAUAUUAUUGGUCUAGCUAAAGAUCAUAAUGAGCCCCUCCUGGCACUGUCUUUGGACGCAGAAAAAGCAUUCGACAGGGUCGGGUGGGGCUAUUUAAGAGAACUCCUUAAGGCAUAUGGCUUUAGGGGUUGGAUAUAUACCGCAAUUAUGGUAUUGUACUCUGUUCCUUCGGCCAGAACUGUAGGUCCCAAUAUUACUUCGACUUGGUUCGAUCUUAAAAACGGAACAAGACAGGGAUGUCCCUUGUCACCGCUUCUCUACAUCUUAUCUCUUGAACCCCUCGCUCUUAAUAUUAGAAAUAAUCAGUCAAUAAAGGGGGUUUCUAUGAAACUUCAAGAUAUUAAGAUUGCAUUAUAUGCCGCUGAUGCUUUGGUUACUCUUACAUCUCCAGAAGAUUCAUUAGUAGCACUAAUGGAAGAAAUUGAUAAUUUUUCUAAUAUCUCUAACUUCAAGCUAAAUGUUUCAAAAUCUGCUGCUUUAACCAUCAAUUUAUCCUUGACUCAGGUUGAAAGGUUAUCUCAAAAAUAUCAGUUUAUUUGGACUGAUUUAGAAAUUAAUUAUUUGGGUCUUAGUUUCCCUGCUAACGCCUCCCACAUAAUGGAGAGGAAUGUUAUGCAGUUAAUGAAGGAUAUGAAUCAAAACUUAAAAAAAUGGAAAAACUUAGAAACAUUAUGGACAGGCAGAAUUAAUAUUAUAAAUUCUUAUAUUUUACCAAAAUGGUCGUAUUUGUUCUCAAUGGUUCCUCUUAAAAUCCCUAAGGUGUGGUUACUAAUGAUUCAAUCUGCCAUUAAUAAAUUUAUUUGGAAAAAUAAAAAGCCUAGAAUAAAAAAAUAUUUCUAAAAAAUUGUCCCAGGGAGGGCUAAACUUUCCAAGUAUUAUUAAUCUUUACUAUGCCAAUACUAUACGACAUAUAUAUAUAUUCUACAAGAACCACUUUUAUUCUGAACCUUGGUAUAAUCUGGAAUCUGAAGCUUUACAUGCAUCUAGUCUCUAUUCUUAUAUAUGGUCAGAUCCUGGGAAGCUCUUAAGGGAUUUGCCUAAUUGUUUAAUAUCGUUGGCUCAUUCUUUGGAAACAUGGGCUGAAAUGAGGAAAAUUUUGGGCUUAAGUUAUUUAAUUCCUAGAACAUGUAAAUUAAAUAUAUUAGAAAAUAAUGUAGAGGAUCUAUCAUUGAGACACUGGCCUAACAAAGAUACAUUAACUUUAUUGGAUAUUAUGCUGGGUGAUAAUAUUCUACCAUUUCAACAGAUUGUGGAUAGUCUCCAUAUACCAUCUAAAGAAUUAUUUACAUACUUUCGUAUCAAACACUAUAUUCAGAAACAUGUUAUCCAAUCUUCUUUUCCUUGGGCUAAAGAGUUGCAAACUCUAUUUUCAUUUCAAACUGUACCCAAGGUUAUUUCGGUAGCUAAUUUGCUUUUUAAAGGCUUAGAUACCUUUCCCUACAAACUGGUUAAAAUAUGGGAAAAUGAACUUAACUUAGUGAUUUCCCCAAAGGACUGGUCUUCCUCUAUAAUCCUAGUAAAUAAAUCUGUCCAUGGUCUAAACUUGACUGAGUGCCACUUUAAGUUACUUCACAGAUGGUACUACACUCCGACAAGACUGGCUAAAAUGUAUACUUCUCAAGAUCCUACUUGCUGGAGAUGCGGUACCUAUUCGGGUACAUAUAUCCAUACAUGGUGGUUUUGCCCAGUAGUAAAACCACUAUGGGCCUGGGCCUAUAAUAUCUUCUCCGAAAUAUCCUUGAAUGAGGUAUCAUUUAAAGAUAUAAAUAAAAAUCCAGCUUCGGCCCUCCUCCACCUGAACUGGCCUUUUAAAUCAAGUAAACAUAUUUGUUUAGCUAUCCACUGCUUUAUUGCAGCUAAUAUUAUUGUAGCUAGACAGUGGAAAUCUUCUGAUCCUUUUCAGAAAAUUUCCCUAAUUAAUCAAAUUAAAUUCCAACUCACAAUGGAAAAUGAUAUGGUUAAAAAUUGGUCAGUGGUCUCUAAAAAAAGAGACUGGUAUUCAACUUGGCUAAAAAAUUGUUCUCUACUAUACGGUAAUUCAUAAAUCUCUCAGGUGACGUGCUUAUGGAAGAUGUAAUUAUAUUUGGUUAGCGGAAUUUAUCUUAUCGAUAACUUGUAUCUAAAUUUGCGUUUAUUUCCACUGAUACACCUCUCACUAUUUUGCUACAGACUCUUGUUUGUUCCAUAUUAAUGACUUCCUGUUCUUUGUUAUGUAUUUUUUUUUCUUUCUUUUUCCCGAUUGACAUAUUUUAAUGAAAGUAUUCUCUUUACAUAAAAUGAUUUAUUUAUAUCAAUCGGAUGUAUUUUGUAUGAUUGUAUGUAUGUAUGUUUUCGAAAAAAAAAAAAAGAUAGAAAAAAAAAAAAAAACUUCUAUCCUACCCAUUGGCUUUCACUAAGUGAAUGUUCAAGGGGUAUAUUGGGAUUAGUAAUCAGAUUUAGCAUGGCUUUAAUUCGGAAUGCAGAUCAGGCAGUCAGCCAGAUUUGCAAUAGGUACAAUACAUACAGAUGUCCUCAUAAUGAAAUUUAGAAGGGUGAGGCCAUGUCUAGUUCCACUUCAGUUAGUCCUGCUAACACGUUUACUGUAAGUUCUAAUUAUCGUAUAGAUGGCUAUAUUCCCAGCCUCACCCUAAAUCAAAUGCUGUACUUGGCAAUCGUCAUUGUGUGGCAGCUGUCCUCUGCGGUUAAAAGAGCGUUGAGCCAGACAAGGCUUUCAUGAAAGACCAGAGUAGAGAGCAUGACAUUUUUGAUCACUCCUGACCAUGUUCUACAAGGAGUUAUAACCUUGUCACGAAGGACCUCCGCAAAAGAAAACUGCAUUUUGUAGUGACAACUCUUAAGUUCUCGCCAUGUUAAACUAAAUAAAGGGGAAAUAUGGAUAUAUUUUAAAUACACAUGGCUAGGAUCACGUUACCAAGUCGACAAAUUGGGUAUUUACCCUGCGUCCAGUAGAGAUAGGUGGACACCCAAGCUGUGUGAGACAUAGAGACAAAAUACAACCAAAGCUUAGCAUUGAGGGCUGUGGAAAAAUGUUUUUUUUUUGUGUAUGAAGAGAUCAUAAAAUGCUAUUAAACAGGCCAAGGGAAAUUUGCUAGAUUUUGUUCUCGAGUAGAAAAUCAUAAAUUAUUGAUUUCAGAUAUGAAAGUUUAUAUGUUGCUUAUGAUUUAUUUUUGUUUGUUUCAUAAUGAAUAUCUGCAUUUUUGUUUUUAUUUUAUACUUUAUUCUGAUGUCUAAUAACCAGUCAUACCAGAUUGUUGCUUAAAGACAAAAGUUUCCAUUACAUCAUUUUGCUUUGUUUGGAAAUCAAGCAGUUUUUGUUUGCAUGGUAUGUUUUAUGUAUAUAUCUAUGAAUACAUGAACUUCCUUACUGGAAAAUUUUAACAUCAGCGUGACACUACAGCAUGUUUUUUAUUAUACAAAGUUAACAAGCUAAUAUUACAGUUUACCUUUAUGCCCAUUCCAUAAAUUGGUUUAUAGGAUAAAAUCCGUCUUAACCUGCUUGAUUGCUAAUUAAAUCAUAAAGCACAAUUUAAUACUCACCCUGACACCUGUAGUGUGUUCUAUUUAAACAGAAUACUGAGGUAAGAUUCCUGAGUUCAGAGAGUAUUGGUAUAAAAAAAAAAAAAAAAUCAUGGUGUUCACUAAAGUGUGAAUUGUCUGUUAUUCAUUGAGAAUUUAAAAAUGUUUAGGUAACUAUAGCCACUUUGCCAGUUUACAAUGUGAAAUUAACUUUAAAAUGUGAAAUUAACUUUGAAUUCCUGGCAGCAUAUGCUGUAGCACAAGGUAGAUCCCCAGAUGUUUUAUAACUACAGCUUCCAUGAUGCUUUGUCAUUGUAAAGGCAUGCAAAGCAUCAUGGGAGUUGUAGUUUUACAAUAUCUGAGGAGCUACAUUUUGGACAGCCCUGCUGUAGCACAUAACUUUGUGUUUUUUAUUUGCUAUAUAUUCUUUGUAUUUGUAUAAAACUGGGUUGUGAAAUUUAGGCUAAAAUAUCCAAGAUGUGACUGCAACCUUUGUCUUUUUAGAGACCACACCAACAGCAUUAAAUUAUUCACUCUAAGCACCAUAACAACUGUACAUUGUUGCAGAGUUUAUGGGGCAAAGAGUACCCUGCUUCUGCCUCCCUUUUUCAGAAUGGAUUUAGAUGGCAGUGGUUUUAAAUUUAAAUGCGGAGGAAGUUUACUGACCCUUACAUAUUCACUUUCUAAUGAAACCAACGUAGUAAUGUAAUUUAGUGAGUUAGGGAGUCACCAUCUGAUGUUACCCUCCACCCCCCUCCCACCCCCCCCACAAUUUUUUACACUUGAUGACCUUUUCACAGUUGUCAGUUCAUUUUACACCUCGUCACAUCUUGGAGCCUGGUUAAGAUAAAUUCGCUGUAUGCACAAUUUCACGAAUGCGUUUACAGCAUACAACUUAGUAGGUUAUGUUUCUACUCAAUGACAAUGAUUGUCAUUGCAGGGAUACAAUUACAGAGCUCUGCACACAGACCACUUCAUUGAGGUGAAGUGAUAAGUGGUCUGGGUGCCAAUAGUGUCCCUUUAACAUACGGUUAAAUACCCAAUUAAAGGGACACCGAAGUCACGGUAAUUGCUUAAUCUCCUUGAAGGGUCUGAAGUCUCUUGGUGCUGUCGUUUCAUUCGCUGUGAAACUGUUUUUAACGUUUUAAUGCUAAACGAAUCUCCAGCAUCCCAUCCAUGCUACAUGGACUAAUGAGGAAGAAAUAGGCAGCUGAGAGUGUCAAAGAUCACUUUCAGCCUAUCACAGUACUAAUUGCUACAACUCCCUGAUCACUCUCUGGUAUAUUCAACUACAGUACUACAUUCGUACGUUACCACAGAGAUAAGCUGCAUCGGAACCUCACGUGGUUUGAGGAGCUUUGCUCGCAGGGCUCGGUGCUUUAAGAAGACCGAUAUCAAUACUUUAGCAACACCUCCUGGUUGGGAAUAUUCCCAUGAACAAUAAGUUCCAAUGACAGUGGGAAGAACUAAUACGUAAAUCCUUUUCGGCUACACAAUGGGACAAAGUGCUAGUGUGGCAACACAAGAGCUCUAUCAGCUCACAGUACCAGGAAACAAACUGCAAAUUAAUAUCAUUCUGGUACAGAACUCCUCCACAGGAUAUUUCAUAGUGUGCUACCCACUUGCUGGAGUUGCCAGGCUGAUAGAAACAUGAUGCGGCAUAUAUGGUGGGAAUGUCCAGAAAUUGCCCCCUUUGGGACACGGUGAGGGACAAUGUGACUCGGGGAUUCAGUUGAGUGGUCCGGGGAGCUCGCUCUGCUACACGUCUUCAAAACCUAUUUCGGUGUAUAAGAAAUCUAUCCUACGCCACUUGCUUAAUGCGGCUAAAGCCCUGAUUCCUGUAUUUUUGGAAAAAGAUUGAGAUUCCUCCUAAGGAGACUUGGCUGUGCAGGGUUGAGGAUAUACAGGCAGCUGAGGAGCUACAUGCUUGCACAGGGCAAGUUCCAGACAUGCGGAGGCCUGGCAACCAUAGUUUGUUUAUAUGACCCGUGAUCUGUGAUGCUUGAACAGACAGGAGUCGCGGGGGGCUUGAGGUGGGUAGGGGGGGCUCGUUUGCCCAGGUAUGGUAACCCUUCUUGUUUCUUUUCUCUUUAUCUACUUACACACUUUCUCUUUACGCUGUCCUUUCUAGCAGGCCUCAUUUUUAUAAGUGGAGGGAGGGGUUGAACUCCCCACUUCGCACUAGCUCACUUACUGUAUUAAGGGAAGCUCAGGUAGCCGCUAAUGCUGGGGAUUGCUCUACAUAUCACGGUAAUAUACUAUCUUCCACUAUCUGGCGGUUCUGGACCGUACGUUGGCGACUAUCAGAGAGUUAACACAGUAAUUGAACUCCUGUAAAAUGUAUACACUUGUAUUUUUGAUAUGCUUGCAUGUAUAGCGGCCUGCGUGCCUAUACAAUUACGCAAAUCUCAAUAAAAAAAUUUUUUUUUUGCAGGACUCCUUUGACAAUGCAAAACAGGUUGACUAAGUCAUGUGUGCCGGGGUUGAAACUACACCCAUGCACACAAUCACUAAUAUCUCUGUCAAGUGUGAAUGCACCAUGACCACUUCUAAAAGCAGAUAUGGUCAUGGUGGAGUAACCCAUUAAUUUCUCUUCCUAUCUGUAUGUUUUAUCUCUGCAGGGUGCCAUAUGCAACGCACAAAGCUUCUAACAAUUCUAGAAAGGGAGCUACGUUGUAAGCGCUCAGUUGCAUAAAGAGGUGUUAUGUUGUACAUUUAAUUUUGUGCUUUUUACAACUCAUAAAUACUUAUCCUCUAACAUAGUAAAAAAAACUAUUUAAACACUGUGUUAAUAAUCCUGGGAUGUGACCGUACCCCUUUUACAAUUCCUAAUAUACUUGUCCUAGGUGUAUUUUAACUUCAUCCUCAACUAGAAUGUUGUUUCCAUCAAAAUAAUCUACCAGAUCAUUGUGGAGAAGUUUUUACCAGGAAACAUAUUUUAUAUAAAUCCUCAAACCUUUUAUUUUACCACUGGUGAAUGAUCUAGGUCAGGGGUAGGCAACCUUUUAGCAGCACUGUGCCGAUAUAGGAUUGUGAUGUCCCGUAGCAUGCCGAUCCUAUAUAUAUAUUUAUUUUUUUAAAUUGAGGUGUGUAUGCUGCCGUAUUCUGCUUGUUUUAUUUUUACUGUAAUUGCUUUGUAUCAUUGUAUUUGUGCGUAUAUGAGCUAUUAUAUUGUAUAUGUUCAUUAGUAGUUUAUGGUAUCGUGUAUGAUACAUAUGAAUGUGGGCUGUGUAUGGGGGCUGCUUGUGGAAUUGUGUGUGGAUGGAUAUGUCACAUUGUGUGUUUGGUAGUGGGUGGGGGCUGUUUGGGGUAUUGCAUGUGAGAGGUUGCAUGUGGGAUUGUGUGCAUGUAUGUGGGUUGUUAGUGGUUUUGCGUUUGUGGGGAUUGUGUGUAUGCUUGUGUCUGGGCUGUUAUUCUGCAUUUCUGUGUAUAUCUAGCAGUGUGGGUGGCUUCCAUGGUUCCAGUGGGGACCAGGCUGGCCAGGUACAGGUCAAGGACAGGAGCUGAAACACCAGCUGCGGGCUGCUCUUCUACAGUGUGGAUUCCCAUUCACAAGUGCUGGGAGGAGGUGAUCUGAGAUCACUUCCUCUAUGUGCUGCAAUGCAUAAAUUGAGGAUUGUCCUUCACCACCUCUUUGUAUUAGCAGAUAUCUGAAGUUUUACUGGGACUCCUGAUAGGACAGAGCCUGUUUGGCUCUAGCAGCCUUGAGUGCCGUGCGAAGGCACCUCGAGUACCGUGCAUGGCACUAGUGCCAUAGGUUGCCUACCCCUGAUCUAGGUAUUAUAUAUGUAAAAUGAAAGAUUGCUUGAGAAUCACGAGAAAUCUAGUUUUCUCCAAUUCAAUCAACAAAAACAUUUCAUUUAUAUUUUGCAAUUUCCUCCCAUUUAAAAUGUGAGAACUCUUUAGCAAUAAACAUUGUCCAAGAAGUAACAUUCAAGUAACACUUGAUAUGGAAAUCGAAACACACUGUACACCGUUAACAAAUGUGAUAUGCAAAUCUGACAAGUUUGGAUUAAUGUACUGUGGUGUUUUCAAUUUAUCCAAGCAUCAAAUUUGUCUAUUGUGUCUGAUUGAUUCAGAAAAUGUCUGAUAUUUAUUAAACAGAAGGUUUUAAGGCAAAGCAAUAAGACGAGUUUUGUGGGAGUAUCGUUAAUUACCAAUCAAAUAUUCACAACGAUUAACUAACGGUUAAAGCAUGUACCAAAUGAUGGCUCUAACACUUAAUAGGGAGAUGUAUAGGAAUAGGUGUGAUCUUACAAGCUGGUGUUAAUGUUGGCAUCAAAUUUCAAUUUAGAUUUAGUCGGUCUUUUGUCUAAAAAGACAUUUCAGUUUUAGUCUUAUUUUAGUCAUCUGAAUUGUUUUAGUCGACUAAAUCUCCAGUAGAUUUUAGUCAACACAACUAAAAUCUAUUGGGUUUAGUUAAAGCCUCUAUCUGUCUCUUUUGCCCCUUCCCCCAGCCCCUGUUCAUUGUUAAUUCUGACCGCAAACCUGAAUUUAGUUUGUCAUAGUCUUUUGACUAAAAUGCCAUUUUAGUCACCUAUAUUGUUUUGCUUUAUUCUAGUUUUAGUUGACCAAAUCUCAAAAAUUCUAAUCUUGACUAAAAUUGUUAGUCGACAAAAUUAACACUGCUUACAAGAGUAGUGGGGCUGUAGAAAUGUGGUCUUUCAAGAAGAGUGGGAAGCAAAGAGAGGUCAUAUAAAAGACACUGGUGACGUAAUUGCAAUGUACAAGGUUGCUAGUCUUGUGAUUCAGCUAAACCGAGACUAACCCUUUCAUGUAACUAUAUAUCACUACAGGUCUGUCUGUUUUCUCCUGGCUGUCUGCAGCUCAGCUAUAGAUUGAAUGAUGUGCCUUCAUUGAGAGCAGAGCCAAUCCGCCACAUAGGCUAAACAUUACAGCUCACAGAUAGGGGAUAUGCUAAGCACCAAAACAAAUUUAGCUGAAUAAAGUGGUUUUGAUGUAUAGUUCAUACUGCAGUCUUGCUGCUCAAUUAUCUGCCAUUUUGGAUUUAAAGGAAUACUGUAACAUGACUGCUUUAUGGGGAUUUCCAUAUGAAGAUCAGUGUGAUCGUGUUAGAUCAACAGAAGCGACCCUAAAGAACCAGGUUAAUGUGUGGGAUGUAGGAGUGUAUCGUGUAACUUCAGAGUCUUCACACUCCUACAUACUGCACGUUUCUUUGAGUUUUUUUGUUGUGGUUCUCUGUGAUACUUACACAUUUGGCACAGUAUGUUUUUUGUUUUUUUUGCUGUGGAACUCUGCUAUACAGUUGUACCAUGCCUCCCAACUGUCCAGAUUUCAUUGGGGCAGUCCCGAUUUUCAGGUCCUGUCCUGCCUUUGUUCCCUGGUGUCUCCAAAAAUCAUUGUACAAGCGCUUCAUAAAACUCCUUCAGAGACUUUCCAUGUCUUUGGGGACAGAGCUAGUAAAACAAUCUCGUGACUUAGUCCGUCCUUUUUACCUCCCGCCGUUUCUUAUGUCUGAGUUGGGAGAUUUGUUAUACUCACAUUCUAGUUUUCUAACAACUUCAGUUGGAAAAAUAGCAAUGUGAUUUGACUAAAAGGGGGACUGUAUCUUCUAAAGUGAACUUAACACGUUUGGUGAAUGUUUUUUGUCUCGCUUACUUUUAGCACUUGGUUUAUGAUGCAAUAUCAACCCCAGGCUUGGUAGUGUUUAUGCAAAGUUUUAUGACCUUUGUGGUGCUUCUUGGAUGUUCUCGUAUUAUGAGCUGACCAAUCGGGUUUACUGCUUCGGUUCUAAAUGUCAAAACAUGACUGUUACAACACACAUUGUCCCUUUUUGUUUACUUUUUAAAAAAAAUUUCAGUCUACUCAGUGUAAUUAAUAUGCCAGCUACUACAAACAGUAUCACAUAAUUUCUGUUUUAACUGUUGCAGAAAUCGCAAACGCAAAGAAAACAAAUGUUUCUACUAAUGAGUUUAAACCUGAUAAUUUCACAUAAUUUAAAAAUAGACUUUGUAUGGAUUAUAUAACUUUAAAAUGAUCAGCAUCCUCAGUGGGAAUAUUUACUAAUGCGAAAAAAUAAGCAGAAAAUGGCGUGUCUAGUUUAAAUGAUUUCUACUUGUACACUCCAAAUACACAAAACACUUCAGCUUGCUUGUGUCUGGAGUCUGUCAUAUUUGUGACGAUUUCAAUAGAAAUCCACUUCUUUUACCUCUGUUAACUCCACAGAGAUAAUAGAACCGCCAGACGCGCCUGCCUCCUCCGCUUCUCAAUGAGCUGCCUCUAGUGUAUACUCGGCACAGAUUGAAAGUCUGUGCCUGGGAAAGAGAGGUAGUCUUGCAGGUGUGCAUUUUUUCCCCCCUCUCAUUUUACCCACAAAGAAAACAUGUAGUAAAUGUGUAGUUUAUUUGGGGAUAUCUACCAAUUUAAAGUGAUUUUUUUUUUUUUUAAACAAAUUUGCCAUUGUAAAUAUUUUUGGGUAAUUCUCGAAGUAGGCAAACUUUGCCAGUGUUUUCAUGUUUCAUUCCUGGCAUUCUUACCUGUCAACUGAAGAGGGCAAUCAGUAUCCGUGACUGCAAAAAAAAUUAUUAAAAUUAUGCAUUCCAUAUUGCUAUGUCAGCGGUGAUAUAGAUCCAAUUUGAUCUUUAUAUUCAAGGGAACCCAAAUUGUUUUCAAACGCACUUGGAGGAGCGUGAAUUCAGAAACCAGACGUGUGUUAUCUAUCAAAAUAAGCUUCUGUCAUUUAUCAGUAUGUGCUUUUAUACAUUAAAAAAGUGUGUGCUUAUGUGCAAAUACUCAUAGUACAGUAGUAGGAAGGGGGUGAAAGGAGUACAGAUAAGAUAUAGGGAUGAACAUCAUAUACAUAUAACAGAUAAGUUCCGAGAGAGAGAAAGAACAGACUGAUUUAGGAGAGACAGCUCAGGUGGGGGCUCUCUGCUCCCGGAACUAGACAGAUAUGGUCUUAAGUGUCAUAUUAAGCAUUUCCUGAGUCCAAGUUAGCCAAUUUAAAUAUAGGCUAUCUAAUAUGACACCUAUACGCUUGAACCUUGGAAUCAAAGUCAAUUCUUUCACAGCGGUUAUGUAGUUGGUAUGUUGGACAUAUGUCCUAUAAAUCUGUGUUAUCAAUCUAGUUCCACCUCUAUUUAAAGUCAUUUUGGAGUAUAGAACCUAAUGCAUAGAUCAAAAUAUUUAACAUUUCUUUUACAGUUGAGUGAAUGCAUUAUUUAUAAAUCCCAUCUAAUAUUCUUUUCUUCUCCAUGUUUUGAGGAGUGUAAGCCUCCCUCUUUGCCUUGAAGGAUAGGCAAUUGUUCUGAAGAUAUUUUUUUUGUUUUUUUUUUUUUUGUUCAAGUAUUUUGAAUAGUUCCAUUAUAUGGUUCCAUUCUAGGAAAUCUCUCCUGUUACAGCUGUUGUUAUAUUUCUGCUACAUCAUUGAUGAAGUGUAAUAUUCCAAUGGCUGGCUUCGUGGUCAGAAUUGCGAGAGAAUGGAGAACUUGUCACCGCUUAUAGAUUAAAGUGAAAAAUGUGUGGCUUGGAGCAAAGUGCUUUUGAAAUAAGCACAUAACAUGACCCCCACAACUUUACAAUCCAACUCCUGUAUCUUUUUCAAAGUUUAGAAUCUCGUUCUUAGUGAACCUGUCAUGACACUUUGCACUUGAACAGCUCCCAAUGUGCUGAAUAAAUAAUUUAUAAUAAUGAUAAAUUAAAUAUUUUGUCAUUUGGGUGGUGUUAAAUUAGUACUUACUUGCCCCCUUUAGUUCCAGUCCUGCUACCCCAGAGUUUCUGGGAUACAGUGCUCUAACUUCCAACAUACAUUUCUGCCCACUCUCUGUUUCAAUUGGCCCUUCUUAGGGACAUUUCUCCCAAGCAGGGCAGUCUUCAUUAAAAAUGCUGAGAUUCUAGCUUCACUCCUAGCACUUCAGCCAAGACCUUGGUGUGCAGGCAGCACACUGAUCUAAUGCCAAAGUUUAAUUGACAGGGCCCCACUUUCUUUUUAUUUAUUUUUUAUUCCAUGUUCUAAUACAUCAUACAAUAGUAUGUAUGUGUGUGUAUGUGUGUGUGUGUGUGUGUGUGUGUGUGUGUAUAUAUAUAAUUUUGUUGGAAAAAGUAAAAAAAAAAAAAAAAAAGGUUAAAGAGAAUAUAACCAGCACCACAAUUGAACCAUAAUGAGCAUUGUUAAAAGGCUCAUUAUGGUUUUUAGAUAUAAGGGUGCACAAUGUUUAACUGCACUUAAUUGCCUCCGUAUUAGCAAAGGUUAUCUUUCUUUUACUAACUACUUCUGAUGUGGACCUUCUCUAAAGCCAUAACAAUGAGUUUGACAUUAUUAUGUAAUCCCAUAAAGUAUAGGCUAUAUUUAUGCAGUAUAGUUAUGUUCUCUCUUUGAACCAAUCAUUAAGUGUAGUUACCAAUAAGACGUUGGCCAUGUGGGCUGCAAAUGAGGAGCAAUAGCUGACCAAAAAAAGAGGUAUGAAAAUAUAAUUGGGCAUUUUGGAGAUGAAUACAUGAUUUAAUAUCCAGAACUGACUUAUGUAGUAGAUGUGUAGACACACAGAUCUACGUGUCUAUUAUUAGCAGGCGUUGUUGGAAUCUAGGUCUGUGAACAAUGCAUGUUCUUUUCAGCUGUGUGACUGAGAAUAACUUUCAAAUAAUAAAUCGUUGUACAUAUUUGCAGUGCACGAGGUCUGAAUACUCAUAUAAUUAAUAAGUCAGUCCUUGUUUGUUUGUUUUUUGCUCUCAUUUCUCGCAUAUAGCUGUUUUUCUUUCCAUGACGCAGUCCGAGGUUCAUUUCACCACACCCAUAGCUGGAGUCAUCAUCCUGUGUUCCUCAGCUCAUUUUUCUAACAAUUGCUGUCCUUUUAACUUAAGUGAUCAAGGCAGUUUUAGUUGCGUGAUCUGUUUUGUUAGAUGUAAACAAAGCAUGUGUUUAGUUGUUUUUGUGACCAUUCUUGUUAAUAGAAUAAUAGCAUGUCUUAUUCAAUAAAAAUGGUCUCCAUUUCCUGAAUCGUUUAGAUAAAUUCAUGAGAUUUUAUGUGGCCUAGUAAUUAAAAGGUUACAAAUGGGUAUAUACAAUAACUGAAAGACCUUAUUUUCCAGAGAGCAAAAGUGGACCUUUGAUGAGUAACAUUAAUAAUUACAAUUAUUCUGAAAGAUGUAUGUCGCCAUGGGUUCCUGGAGGAGCCUGCUCGUCAGCCUCCUACCUCAGGACUAUGGCCCCUGCAAUAGACGGUGGCUAAUAUACUUUAAAUACUCUCUAUUCGUGCAAUUAGGAUUAUAUGAUUGGUUUGGUUUCCGAACCAAACAGCCGCACGAACCAGAGACCACCUGGGAGCUUGUUAAGUCCGAUUGAUACUUUGUAGCAAUUUCAACUGCAGUGUUCGUCUGGGUGGCCGCAUUUCGUAUGAAUGACAACUAGGUGGAGGCCAUCUUGUUCCCGCAAACGCAGGCAGCGGUGUUUUGGGCAUGAAUCUCAUGGAACUAAAAUCGGACACAAACUCCCGAACACCGCUGGACUGCCAUCAUCGCCUGUUUUUGGUUAUACCCCACUUAAAAAGGCACUGUUCGGUGGAAACAUUCCCACAAACAAGGGGAACAGGCUACACAAGUGAUUUAAGUAUUCCGUUCGUUGUUUUAUGUACUUUUGUGCUCUCGAAAAGAGACUAGAUCCAGGAGUUUGGUCCUGGGUUGGAAGGAACGGCGAGACCCAAGCCAAGCUACGGUGUCCAAGGGUCUACAGUGCUGAUGGUGUCUGGUGGAGUGCUUGAAGUACUUGGUGAGCACUUGGAAAAAGCGAUUGGUGGAGGUACUCAGUUGGGGUGCCAGGCGGUCCUCCACAGGUCUAUUCUAGUGUUAACAAUGUUCUAGAAAUGACUUAGAAAAAGAAAUCCAUAACUAGUGACAUCGAAGACUAGAAUGAUAGCAUUGGAAAGUUUUGACUCCCUCUAGUUUUAUACUGUGUGGCAGUGUCCACACGUUCCUUUUUCUCUCCUUUCCCAGUGUAACCUGUCCAAACCCUUAUAUUCACGCACAACUGCGCUUCUACUGGCAACCCUACAACCUUAAACCUCUCUUUUAUUCUUCUUUCUACUUUAUUAUAUAUAUUGUGUUAUCCUCCAAGGUAACCAAACCUUUUUAAGAUUACAGUUUGAAUAGGACUGACCAUUUCUACUUGAGUAACAACAAUUUUAGACUUUUGUUAAUGUUCACGAUACUAUCUGUAAUGCAGACUAGAACCAUUUCCUUAAAGUCUGUUAGAUUGUUUACCUUAUUUUUAUCCAUCCUGACCUUUUCAUAACUCAUACUGAAGUCACAAUAUUGCUUCAUUUUUAAAGUGUCUAGCAAUGUGUGAUUAGGAGAAUUAAUAGUUCUAAUAGACAUUUGCCAGAAAUUAUUGCUCGCGUAAAAUUAAGGACUUGGUAUCCUUUACUUACUGGAAGGGUUUAUGUCAACAAGUCUCAUGCGCAAAGGUCACGAAGGGAUUGACUUUGCCAUAAUAACUUUGAACAAGGUGUUGACUUUGCCAUAGAUAAGUCAAUUCAGGGCAUCUUGUCAUGUCUCAAUACAAUAACAGAUCUUGUGCUCUCUGCAAUGAUCAAUUCACCUUACAAAUGUGAUUAAUGCUUGUAUCAUUAGGACUAUCUGCCUAGAUGUGUGUGUGUGACAACUUGUCCCAUGAGAUGCUUGGGUAGUUUUUUUCUUUCUAAAGAGUAAUACAUGUUCACACACCCACAAAUUAAUUAUUCUCAUACUGGAAUCCCAUUAACAAUGGAGUUUCUCUGCAUCUUCUCAAUAAUAUUCGCUAAUUGUGGUUUUACAAGGGAAACAUUCUUAGAGGCUGCAAUUCUUUGACAAAGCAGGUUCUCCUUAUCUUCUCACAGAAGGUCAGAAUGAUCUGCAUGAAUGAUAUGGCUGUCAGCUCCCAUGUGUAGAUCCUGAAAUUCCUCAACAUGUACAAUAUAACAGUGUAUUAGAUUGUAAGCUUGUUUGGACAGGGCAAUCUUCAUCUGUUUCCCUAUGUCAUACACGUUUUGUUAAAAUCAAAUAUCUUUGUUUCCUAUUGCACAAUGCUGCUUAAUAUAUAAAUAAUUGUAAUUUGCAAUAAAAGUCCUGAAAUUCAAGCCAUCAUUAGGAUAGUGGGAAGUCAAUAACAAAAAAUAAAAAAAGUGUCCUCUUUUUCACCCUCCACUUCCCCCCCUUUAGAAUAAACCUCAGGUUUUUAAACAUGAGCCUCGUGGAAUAGGCAGGCCUUUUAGACAGAAGUUUGGCAGUAGAGGAUUACAUGAUUGAGAAGCUGUGUAAAAUAUUUAAUGUAUCUCACGCAGUUUGUGUGAAUGUUUCAUUAGAUCUGUGUAGCAAUGUGUUAGCCUCUGGUCUCUCCUGGACUUGUUAAUAAUUUAAGCAGAGUAGCGGUGUCUCAGCAUUCUGAAUAAUUAAUAUUCUGCUAGGUUAGUGUACAUAUGCUGCAGAGCUUUGUACUAUAGGAACCGUAAGAAGGGAAAAUUGAUUCGUAUGGCCCAGUGGAGUGUUUUUAAUAAUAUUCUGCAAUUUGCAUGUAUGUGCUCUUACACAUUACUUUUUAUUCCAUCUUUUCGGAAAUGACAACACAGAACAAUGAUCUUAUUAGUCAGGCAUGUGUCGUGUGUUUAGACUUCCUCAAAGUAUGGGUUAAAAUUAAUUCCCAUGGACAGCUGGGAGAUAAUAGAAUUUUUUUGACAGUAGGAACUCUCUUAAUUAAGUGCUAAUUUGAUUGUGGAUAAUUAAUUACAGCGUCACUUGUUCAGAAAUGUAUUAAUUUCUAUUCUAUUUGAUUAGAUAUUUAUAGCAAUAUGUAGGUGCCAGUGGUGUGCCUUACACAAUGAUUGGCCAUGUGCUGGUCAUAUUUCAGCAUUUCCUAAACCUUGCUGCCACAGAGUACUAGAGUCUACCAGGGAGAAUCUUUAAACGACUAGGGUAACAUGCAGAGUUGAUCUUCUGGACAACUUAACGAGCAAGAGUGGGGAGUCUCACAUUUGGCUCACUCCAAACCCCUAAAACAUUUUCAUUUCCUGAAGUGCCCUAGGGUUUAACAUUGUGCCCUUUCUUUCUUAAAUUAUAAUUAUGAAGUUUCUAGGUUGCAUCCUCUCCGCUCUGAAUCAGGCAGCCAGGUGCUGUAUAUUUGACCUACCUGUAUAAGAAGCAUUGGAUUGCCCAGGAUAUUAUCAGAACUGAUGAUCCCCCUCAGAGUUAGAAACUGUUGCGAAGGAUCCUGUUGACACUGCAUUACAGCAGUCACAGGUUCAUUUAUUUAUUUUUUUUACAGAAAAUGGGGGCCCAGUACACUUUACAAUACUCCAGCAUUUUAAAUAAAUGUAGCAAGUCUUAGUAGCACGUCUAAAUUCAAUUUAAUUAGAGUGGUGGUGGGUUGUCAGCCACUAAACAUACCUUAUUCCUGACUUUUAGAAUGAAUUAUGAUGAAUGGUGACAAUUGUGAUUCAGCUAACUCUACAAUUCAAUUACUCUAUGCACUCUCUGAUGGUUUCCCAUCCUAUACUAGAUAAUGGUCUUGGGGUCCUAUAAACUUUGCUGGAUAACGCUAAGGUCAUCUUGGCAGUAGAAGGGUUGCCUGUUAUCUACCACUACUGUAGCGGUGAUCCUGGUAGGAGGACAGGAAUGCCACUCUUGGUGUUUUGCUUAUCAAUUAAAUGUAGUGAAGGAUAUACAUUGAAAAGAGCGUAAAUUAAGGGAUAAAAGUAAAUAUACAAUGGUCAAGCGCAAUAUAAUCACUUAGGAUGGGGAAAAAAAUAGUGGUUCCUUUUUUUUUUAUUUUUUUUUUAAUAGUCUUUCUUUUUUUAAUAACAAUGUAUUAUUUUCUAAAUAUGUAUCAAACACACUGGAUUUGACAGAUGCCUUUAUCUUGGCUGUAUUUUUAUUUUACGUUCCAUGGUAAACCUCUGCAGAGGAUAAAGUCAUGGUUACCUUUUGAAGAUGAUAAUCCCUUGGAUUGCACUAACAUGCAAGGCAGAAUUUCAAAUUAAUUGGGCAGUUUACUAAAAAUAAAAUGCAGAUUAUGUUCCGUUGCUUUCCGAGUAUCUUGGCAGCACACUGACAGCCAACAAAUGAUUUAAAGGAACACUGUAGUGUCAGUAAUACAAACGUAUUCGUGACACUAUGGCGCUGGAAUGCAGCAUUAGAUCCCCUCGCUCAGGAGAUUGAGGGUGAUUUUUCUCACCUCUUCUCCCAUGCUGUGCAUGUGUUGCUGCGGCUGGCCCAUGCAGAUCGUGCUGCACACGGAUACAGAAAGCACCUCUUGUGGUCGUUUGAGUGACUGCCACUAGAAGUGUAACUAGCCAGAAAGGUAAAAGCCAGAUUUAACAUUGAAAGGACAUUGAAGGACAGACUAUAGACACCAGAACAACUACAUUAAGCUGUAGUUUAAUGUCCAUUUAAAUGAAAUAAAUUUAAGAUGGUAAAGAAAAUAUAUAUUUUUUUCAUUUGUUUAUUUUCCCCAUUUUUAGUAAGUCUUGCCCUUGGGACAUCUGUGAAAUAGUGCAUGAUUAGUAGAUUUGUGCUUAACUUUGUGUUUUGAUAAUUCAUUUGGGAAAAGAACAAACACAUUGCUCAUGGUAUUGAUUCAAUCCUGUACUUCUCUAUGAGCAACACUGCGGACAUAAAGUGCAUGCGCGGCAAUUGCCACUCUAAGCCAAUCAGAUGUUUCUCCUUGAAUAUAUGUGAAUCAGCGUUUGACAUGAAUGCUUUUUUUUUAAAGGUCCUCAUAAGGAAGUGCCUGCAGCGGCUGUUAGCAUGACAGCUGCUACAGGUGUGGUUUCAGACAAAUAUAAACUGAAAUGUUAAUGUUUUAGAUUGUCCAAAAAAAUACUUUGUCGAUAUACCAACAAAUCUUCAUUAAUAUCGAGUCCUUAGUGUGCCAUUAACUAGCCAUUAUAACACAUUUGUUUACCAUGUGCCCUUUAAAAAUGAUGUACGUAGGGCCUGUAUGUCAGACCUGUGUGUAGCCAAUCCUGCCUUGAGGUAACUGCAAACUGCAAAUCUUUGACCAUUUCAUACACUGAAAUUGAUUUCUACUUUUAAUUUUAACGACUUUGUCAAAAAGUAUUUAAAAAAAAAAUAAAAAAGUGUAUAAGUUCAGCAUUCAGAAUAAGCCUUUUCAUUACACAUUGUUGAUGUCUCAAACAAAUUGUUCAUUGUUCUUUUUAACCUCAGCCUCUUAAAUGCCUAUAAUAAUUUAAAAGAGAUUACAGGUUGGAAUGUAAUAAUGAUGUUUAAAUCAUUGCUGUCUGUGUAAUUUAUUGUAGUUUAUGCAAUCUUAUAUUUAUUUUAUUUCUUUUUGGGAAAUAUGAUUGACAGAUCUGUAUUCUUCUUUGUCUCCAGAAUAGUUUCCUACACUCCAUCCCACCCCCCCUCCGCACUCCAAAUCCCUUGACUUUUACAGAAUAAUUAACUUUGCCGUGUAUAAGACUUUUUUUUUCUUAGUAGUACUUAUUGACUCUCUUUAUUAUUAUUUUUUUAUUUAUUACUGGCUUUAUCAAGACAUUUCCAUAUUACUAGUUUGAACAGUUACUUACAAUAGAUUUAUAAGGUUUCCAAUAUAAAUGACUGAAGUUAAUAUUUAAUCUGCUAAAUUAUUUACUCAAGGCUCAGUCUUUUCAUCUUUUGAAUAGUCUUCCCUAACAAUGGCUGAAAGGCCGUGCGGUCAGCCAUUGUUCACCUUCACUCAAGGCUUUUUAUACUUCAUGUUUAGGAAAGCAUGAAGUUUAGUGGCUUUUUAAUAUAUCCAUCAUACUAAUGUCUUACAAAAUUAUACAUUUUGUCAGCAGACCAUGUAACAUGGACACACAAAUAUAAAAUGUGAAGUUAUUUUAAUUAUGUAAAAAUAUUUAAAAACUACGCAGUCAUCGGCCAGAUCAAAGCGCAAGAAAAAGGUUGAUUUAAAAAAAAAAAAAAAAAUUUCAGCCCAAUUUUAGAAUUUGAAGCAUGCAAAGCUCCUUGUUUUUAAUGCAACACCUCUGGGUCAGUCCAGCCACCAUAACGUCUACGUCUCUGGCUGCCAUAUAGGCCAGGAAUGCUUUCCUUGGUAGCCGGUGACUGGCUGAAUCCAUCAGCUGGCUCUCCUCCCAGCAAAAGCUUCCUCAAACUGCGGUAAAAGUUGGGGGCAGCAAUGUCGGGUGCUGGAGGGCCAACUCCUGCCAUGAGCUGAAUUUUGUAUGGGGUGAGCGCUUUUCUUAAGGAGGGACUUGACCGUAAAGGCAGCAUUGAGACUUGCAAGUGCCAGUGCUGCCUUAGAUUAGUUGGCGUUACAGUCCCGGGUGGCAGCUAUUUCAGCUGCUAUCGUUAAAAUGGUGGCAGAUGCCAUUCAUGAAGAGUAUAUAUAACUUGAUUUACAUUUAUUUUAUAAUUAAGAUCUGAUCUGAUCUAGAUCUGAAUAAAACUGCAGAAAUAGAAGGAAUGCAUGUUUGGCCUUGUUUAAAUCCUCUUAAUCUAACCAUAUGAACAUCUUUAUCUAUAAGCUAAAUCUUAGAGUCACUAUAGUCACCGAAACCAUGUUGCCUUAAAGGGACACUAUAGGCACCCAGACCAAUUCAGCUAAUUGAAGUGGUCUGGGUACAGUGUCUCUAUUGCACAUAGACUGCAAUGGUAAACAUUGCCGUUCUAGAGAAACAACACCAAGUCUGCCUCCAGUGGCUGUCUACUAGAGGUUGCUGCGCAUUAGCGCCUGCUUGUUGUGGGAUGUCAGAAGAGGCGGAGCAGCGUUAGUCACACCUCCCUACAAGUAACGUGCACAGCUUUUGUAAACCCUUCCUGUAAAAUGUUUUACACUUCCUUUAUUGCAAAUUUUGUUUAAUUUAGAUUUGCGUAUCUCCUGUAGUGUUAAUGGCUUGCUAGACCUUGCAGGAGCCUCCUGUGUGUGAUUGAAAUUAAAUUUACAGAGCAGGAGAUUAAAAUGUCUAUAGCAAAUUAACAUGUGAUAGAAAAUAAAACCAUUUUUGCAUGCAGGCUGCGUCAGUCACAGCCAAGGGAAGUAUGGCUAGGGUUGCACAAACAAAAACAAAAUUGAUUUAACUCCUAAAUAGCAAAUAACUGAGCAGUUCAGAGGGUUGUUUUAUACACUAAAACUUCUUCAUUAAGCUAAAGUUGUUUUGGUUACUAUAGUACCCAUUUAAGUAAAGUUUACAUGGCAAUUUUCUCUGGGUGAACACCCCAAUGAAAUGUGCAGAAUACACCUUUGAUGCACAAUAAAUUAAUUCGAAUCAGAUGGGAGGGAAGCUAGACCUUUAUUAUAUUUAUCUGGUUAGAUCUGCACAUCUACCACGUUAAUUUAUGAUCGCUUUGCACAUUUUUUCUCUAUACUAAUGUGUCACCGUUUUAGUAUACCUACGUGGCAGGCUGUAAACACAGUCACGCCGAUGGAAUAACAUAUCUGUAAAUUAAAAUAUUCUGUAAGCUAUUACUUGAUGGGAACGAUACUUCUUUUCAAGGUGAUUGCCUUGAUAAUACGGUAAUAGCAUUCAUUUGAUAAUCUUAGACAACAGAACAUUCCAACAAUUUGAACUUCAGUACCGCCCAUGGACAGAAGAUCCUUUCCAAGGCUCUCCAUGGUGGUACUUUGAAAAUAAUUUUUCUUUUAUUUAUUUAUUUAUUUAUUUUUUGUAGGUUUAGAAAAAAUAAAAUAAAUUAACAACAUAACACAUAAUCCUAUUUUGCAGACAUCAAAGACCGAUUUAUAUGGGUAAACAUUUGUGUUCGUAUUUUGUGUGCAUUUCCAGAGAUUUAUAAAUAAAAAGUUAAAAUAUAAUGCACUUUGCAAAUAGCAAUGUGAAAUUAACCCACGGUGCUAUGGAUAAUUUGCUUCCUUCAUUUUUAUUUUUAUAAGGUUUAAUUUAUGAUUUCAUCCACCUGCCCAAGGGGGCAGUACUAACCAGGAAGUGGAAAAAAAAGUGGCAAAAGUGGGUGACUCGAAGUAGAAAAGUGUGGCAUAAGACAAUACCUAUAUGCCAGAUUUUCCCUGGAGAUCUGGUUUGCAGAACGUGAGCUUCUGGGCGCCUAUAAAUAUUUCCACAACUAUCCUAGAGUUCCCAGCUUGACAUAAAAAUUAACACUGAUAUAUAGACCCAGUUUUCUGAAGUCCAACUUGCGAUAUGCUGGUGGAGCACAACAUUUUAAAAUGUGUGUGUGUGUGUAUAGAUGCUCAAAAGGCAUAGAAUUUGCAACACUGCGAGAUUAACCACAAUGUAACGGUGAAUGUAUAUUUUUGUGUAUUGCACAGAGGUCGGGAUGGACACAGAUUGUGACACCACAUUUGACGAUGACUCUCAAAUGCCAAAUGAUGAGGUUAUGCCCUACAGUGACGAUGAAACUGAUGAUGACUUGGACAGUCCGGAUUCCCUCGAACCACAGCAAAACCAGAUCAAUAAACAAGCAGAACAAACUCAUGCGCAAACAAGCAAAGGUAAAUACCUUCUUUAUUGUUAUACGUAUGUAAACGUGAGAAACUUUGUAUUUUCCACUUGGAUACUAUGAACUUGUGACUUCAAUGAAUCUGCAUUAUAAAGCUGGAAGAGGACACAAGGUAUAAAGAAAUUCUUCAUUUUUAAGAUUUGCUUUCUUUUAUUUAUUACUAAUGCCAUAAUCUUGCAAAGUAUUCUAGAAAAUGUUUUCUAGGAACAUUUAUAAGCAGGAUUGAAGCUUGCAUCCAAAAUUAUGAAAAAAAUGUAACUUAUCCAAAAAGAAUCAAAGAUUGUUUGAGUGCUAUCUCAAGCUUACAAAAUCAUGGGUUUAUUUAGGACAAAAUUUGUGAGGAUGUUUUAUUAAAUGAUUACAUACAUUAUCAUUAGUCAAGGAGCACUGGCCUUUUUGCCCAAUUAAGAAUGGAGUAAGUUAAGGGUUUAUUAGGUUUAUCUAGCAAAGUAUGGAAUAUGUAACCAUGUCUAUAUUUUAUGUAGACAUCAGUCAAAAAUGACAAAAUUCAAGUUUUAUGUCCAAAGUAGCUCAAUAACGUGUUGCAACCAUCUGGCUUCUGGACACUUGGCUUCAUUAGAAUAGGGACUGCCAUUUCAACUCUAAACCUAUAAUUGUUCACACAUAAAUUUUUGUUUUGGUUGUUCAACUUCAUAUCCACCUGGUCCGGCUUGUGACACCUACUUUCAAGUCUUAAUGAAGCGUUAUGUGUUCUAUUUGUAUUUAUCAUAGCCAGCAUUUGUUGUGAUUCUUGUCCUAUGUUUAAACAGUUAUUUUGAAUUUAAAAUUUUAUUACUUAAAUAUAGAUAUAAUUUUUGCGUAAUUGUUUAUUUAUAAUGUAAUGUUCUGUAGUGUAGCAUUAUAGUGUUGUUUCCUUAUUUUGUGUGCAUAAGAGAAGAUUAACAGACAUUUUUACAAUGCCACAACAGCGUUAGCAAGAACAAUUAAUUCGACAAGGAAUAUUAUUUACAUGGCAUUUGAGUAUACUGCACAAUUUUUCAAUGUAGUGUAGAGUGCAGGCUAAGCAUAACAUGUCUAGCUUAACUAUUGAGAGAGAAAUGCUAUGCUAUGCCAGGUCAUAGACAUGGUGAGAAAUGAGUUAAAGAAGGAUGUAAAACAUGCAACAUGUAGUGUUCGUGUGCAACAUGUAUCCAUGCAUGCAGUGUUAGAGUAUGGCAUCAAUCUGCUGCAUUUGAGAGAAGGUAUACAUAAAACAAAUUAAUUUGAAUGCAGCUAGGAACCAACAACUAAACAGUGGUAAUGGAGAUCAGCCAUUAAUUGUGAGCAUAGCACAUCACUUGGGUAAAACUGGAAUAGCUAUGGGGAAUUUGCUGAUCCAUCACAGAUUUGUUCAGCCGAUGCCCCGGGGUGGCAGGCAGGUGUCCAUACAUGUUGCAUGAGUUGGCUUAGGAGCCCGAGGUUUGUUGUAAUCUUUUUAAAGUGUUAGGUGUAAAAUAUAAGCUCCAAUCAGAGUUCCGCAACACAAAUGCCCUUAUCUGUAUAAUGCAAGUCAGCAAUGUAAAUCUUAUACUGUAAUCCUAGUGCAAUUUCCAUUGAGAAUGCUUUGUUUUAGCGAUUGCACAUGGAAUGAUAUAUUGAUACGUCUCAUGGGAAAUCAAACGACAUGUACAACGUAAAUGCCUUUAUAGCAAGUUGAGUCAGCAGCAAUUUUGCAUACGUCCCUGCUUUCUACACUGAUGCAGAGGAAGAACUUACUCCACAAAUAGUGCAACCUAAUUUAAGAAACCUCAAUUAAACCGUGAAUUAAGUCUGAAAUUUUGAUGUGGGUUUUUCCUAUGAAAUUUGUGAAAAAUAAAAGAACAUUCAGUGGUGGUAUGUGUUUGUUUUAAUUUCUUGGAUGUAAAGCAAAUAAAUGACUGAGAAAUAUGUUACUUGGUUAACACUAGCCCCAAAUUCUUCCAAAAAUAAUGGCGACAUUUAAAAUCUGUCUGUUUCCUAAUUUGAGCCAGCACUGCAUCUAUGCCCUUGGAUGUCUAUACACGGCUUUCAUAUGAUUACCAUUUUACAGAUAUUGCUUUGAUCAUGUAAUGUAACUGUCAAAAUCCAAAGACCCCAACUGGGCGCUGGAGCUCAUUUUAUUGUAAAAUCUAGCAUGUGACUGGCGAAGACUUGUGGGAAUUGUAUUUGGUUAUCCUGACCCAUACUCUAUAGGGUACACUGGAAAUGUGAUAAUUAUAUCAAUGAUUCCAUUUUAUAUGAAAUCAUAUUGUGUAUAUAUAAUUAUUAUUAUUUCUAUUUAUUUUUUAUUUUCAGAAUGUAGCUGGCAAGUGAAGGCAAAUGAUCCGAAUUUCUGUGAUCAACCAGAAUUUAAGAAGAAAUCAUUUUUGUGCCUUAAGAAAAGCAAAUAUGCAGUAUGUAUUUUUCAUUCUGGGUCUUUAUAUAAUAUAAUAUAAUAAAGCUAUGUGAACAUUGUUUAACCUUGCUUGCUUGUCAGAAAUAUGACUUUAUGGUUGGAGCUUGAAGCAAGUUGAAUCUAGUCAAAACCUUAUGUGACUUACUGAUAUUCCAAUUCUCUUCCCAUGUAAUAUUACUAAAGCCUGGAUCAUGUAGAAAAUGAGUUUGUGGCUGCUUUAUAUUAAUCUGUGCAACAACAGGGCUAAAGAUAUUGAUAUCAACACGUCUGUUUAGUGUGUUUUUUACAAUUCCCCCUACCCCUUUUUUAUUUUUAAAGUGAAGUCGACAACCACUAAGGCACCAAAACCGCUUUAGUUUUACGAAGUGAUUUUGGUGUAUAGAUCAUGCCCCUGCAGUGUCAUUGAUAAAUACUCUGCCACUUAGGUGUUAUAUCAACUUUGUUAAUGCAACCCGAGCUACAUCCCAAUAAAUAGUUUACUGUAACAGGAGUGUAUUUUCUGAGCACCGGAGACACACUUUUGUUUUAUCAAAUAUUUAUAUUGAAAAUUAGGGUAGCCACUGGGUUAAUUUUAGAACUGUUGGCAAAAUAUGACAUGCACAUCAUUUUGGGUCUCUAUUGGAAUAGAAUAACAAGUGCUGUUCUAAAUAAUCUAUUGAAAGCUACAAACAUACUUGCCUCUGAAUAUCUAUUUGUAAAACAGGCUUGUGUUUUAACAACUAUUAAAAUUGAUGUAACUUUUUUUUUUUUUUUAUAUAUAUUUGGUUUUGCAUGAUGCGCUGUUUGAUUUCUACUUUAACCAUGGGUACAUCAAACAGAUGUCAUGCAGGCCAAUAAAAACGUAGCAUGUUUGGCUAAAUAGAAAUUCAGCAAUGGAUGAUGUCUUUGCAACUGGCCAAGCCAUAUGUCAAAAAAGCUUUUAUUUUAUUUCAUUUUUUUUUCUUGUUAUAAAUUGCUUCUAUUUUAUUGUAUUAAUCCGUUUUCACUGAUCUCUAAAUAUUUCUGUUUACAGGGGAAUGAAAUCAAAACCUACAAAUAUAACCCCAUCACGUUCUUACCUCUUAAUUUGUUUGAACAAUUCAAGAGAGCUGCCAAUGCAUAUUUCUUGACCUUACUCAUACUUCAGGUAAUAUACCAAAUGUAAAUUAUUUGGCAAGUAAGUUUUUAGUGAUUUUUGUUCCCCCUGCCCCCCCCCCCCUUAAUUCUGAUAGGCAAGAUAGGAUAUUCUCUGGGGUUGAGGUGCCUAUAAAGCAGUUUUACAUCUGAAUAUCAGAGAUAAGAGCAUUUUAAAGGAGUCAAUCUACUAUCGUCAUCUACUACUUGGAGAGAUGCAGUUUGGACCACAUUUGAUAUAGCUUUGUAGGAUACAAUUUGAUUUUGGCAUUUUGCCAUGGUGUUAAUUAGGAAGAAAAGUGUGGUAGCUUGAUUUUUUUUUUUUUUUUCCUAUCUAUUCUAAUCUACAUAGAACAGAGCGAUCAGCAUCCAGGAUUACUUUUAAUAAAAUAAGCUUAAAAAUAUAGGAACUACAAAACUGCUUUAUUUUUUUGAAGUUUAACGUAAUUAAACUAGAAAUAGAAUAAAAGCACAAAAAAAACCCAAACAACCAAAAUGAUUCCAGAAACUUAUUUUUUAUUUUAAAAUUAUAAUUUUACAAACAAUUGAAUGGCUUUUGAUUGCAGCCAUAUAUGUUGCAGCAGGAAUAAAUCCCAAUACAAAUAGUCUAACAAGAGACAAAAUAAUCCAGGGCACUGACACAGUCCGUGAUUACACCUUUGCUUUCAUUAACAGGCAAAACGGCAAACAACUUAAAAAUGGCAAAAUGUAAUGUGUUAUAUAUAUAUAUAUAUAUAUAUAUAUAUUUUUAUUUUUUUUUUGCUGCAUAGUGAAUGUAAAAAGAAUAUAUUUACAAACACGAGAACGCAUUGUAAAAUAAAAUUAAAAGUACAACUUGGUGUAAUAGUAAAGUGAAGAACAGUUUUCCUAUUAAAGUAUUUCUGUCUGAAGAGUUUGGCAAAAAAAAACAUUGGUGAUUUCAUACAAACCAGAUCUGUCUCUCUCUCUUCAAGGGCAACAUUUCCAAGUCCAUUUAUUUGUAAAAUAUAUUGUGUUUUAACGCACAUAGUGUAAUAGUUUGCUUUUAAAAGUAGAUAUAAAGAUGCAAAAAUCUUAUAAAAUGAAAAAUAAGAAAGAAAACAAAAGAUGAGUGGUUCAACCUUCCAAUUUGUGGAAUGGUUUUGUGUGGGGUACCCAAUAAUUUUUAUACAGAAGUGCAUAUAGUGUGGUAGUUUGCAUAUAAAUAAAUAAAUAAAAUGCCAGAAUAAUUAAGGUGUAUACAAUUACUGUAUCACAUGUCCAGCCAUACACAUAGUAAAACAUUAAUACUUGGGGGUAUAUAAAUUACUGGGAGUCAUUAUAAACAAAACUUUAUCUGAUGGGCAACACUCAAAAAUAAAAGGUUUUGUCUUUGUGUAAUUUUUUUUUUUUUUAAAUACUUGUGAAAUUAUGCACAUUUGGACACUACUGUCCCAAAAACUAUUUUCGCUUAAUCAGCUGUUUUUGUUUAUAUUUCAUGCAUCUGAACUCACUGCUCAAUUCUCUGUUAUUUAGGAGUUAACUCACUAAGUUUCUUUGUGCAGCUCUAGUCACACCUCCCCUAGCUGGGACUCGCACAGCCUAUAUGAAAGAAAAAUUGUAUAAUUUUCAGUCAGCUGUUUACUUGCUUUAGAUGUUUUUAUCUCAUCUCUGUAAAUUGAACUUUAAUCACACACAGGUGGAUCGUGCAAAGUCUAGGAAGCUAUUAACAGUGCAGGAGAUAAAAGAAAAAUCUAAAUUAAACACACUGUGCAGUAAAGAAAGUGUAAUUAUUAGAUCUCACUUUACAGGAAGUGUUUAGGAAGGCUUUGUAAGUCACAUGCAUGGAGGUGUGAGUUGGAUUGCAUAAACAAAAUGAUUUAAUUCCUAACUGGCAGGGAAUUGAGAAGUGAGGCUGCAGUGGCAUGAUCCAAACACAAAAAAUGCUUAAUUACGCUAAAGUUGUUUUGGGGACUAUAGAGUCCCUUUUAUGAAAGGAGUUGAUUGAUGAUUGUCUUGCUGCAAACUCCUGGCUGUGUGAUAUGUUUCUUUAUGACUGACAUUUAGCGAAUGUAGAGUUAAAAUUUUCUCUACACCUCAGUUACCUAAAGGGUAACAGGACAAGACAUUCAUGGCCUAGUAGUUCAAAACAAAUACAUUUUAUUGGGUUAUAUGUACUGCGUAAAUUUGAAACCAUCUUCUUAUUUCAGCAAGCAUAAGUUACAUUAGCUAUACAGUUUAAAACGUAUUAUUAUUUUCACUUUCCAGGCAUUUUCAGACCGCAUACAGAGCUUGUAUUUAGAGGACAAGUUCAUAAACGAAAGUCCAUAUACCAUAGAAAUUCCUUAAAAACAUUAAGUUUCCUUAACUAAUCUAAAGUUGCAUGAUUUGUGGAUUUAAAAUUUUUAUCUUUAUCUUACAAACGUAACUUCUAUUUCAGACAAUCCCUGCUAUUUCAACAGUCUCUUGGUCGACAACUUUGAUACCACUUCUGCUUGUGUUGGGCAUCACGGCAAUCAAAGAUCUUGUGGAUGACAUUGUAAGAAAACUAUUGCUCUCAUAUGGAAUAUGUGUUGUGACCUUGGUUUGGAUGGACAGUCCAUCCAGUUACUGUGCACAAGGAGGGAUUCUGAAUAAAAGUGUGGGAAAAGCAGAAUAUUGGAAUUACAUGCAUAGCUGCAUAUUUUGCGUAUAGUAAUCUGUUGAUUAUAAGAUCUGUUAUUUUGGUAUAAUCAAUAGAAUGCAUAUUGUUCUCAGAGAUGCUUAAUAAGGCUAUACCAGUACCAUAUAUGAAAACUGGCAAUCUCAAAAGAAGAAGAAACUGUGUAAUUAGGCUCAUAUAUGGCAGUGAUAUAUAUGAUCGUCCUAACCUCAACAUCUGAGGAAAGGGAUUUAGGGGUAAUUAUUUCAGAUGACUUAUAGGUAGGCAGACAAUGUAAUAGCAAAUACAUAAAGAUAAGUCCUGCGCUCACUCCCAUCACUACUGGGCCGGCAGCAAUGACUACAGUACACGUCAGCCCCAAUAUAUAGUAAAAAACAAAGAAAAGAAAGAGUUACCUGCGCUCUCUCCUUAAUCCCUAUGUAUAUUUAGACAAAUGGAGGUCAUUUAGUUGUUCCAAUGGCCAUUGGAGGGAAUGCCCGCCUGCCAACGUCAAGGCAGACCCCCCCUAAAGCGGGUCCUACACUGACCCUUCAGCCUACUUCCUUGAGCUUCUGGCAAAGAUAUCUGUAAUGAGACAGAGAGGGGUAUUUUUUUAUACUUCUCUUUUUGUAUUUGUAUUUACUUUGUAUCACACAGUCUUGUUACAAUGCUGCCGCCCAUCCCAUGUGUUCCCUAUUAAGGAUUAAUAAGUAUAUAGGGGUUUAUAUAAAAAAUACCCCUUUCUGUCUCAUUGGAGAUAUCUUUGACAGAAGCUCAAGGAAGCAGGCUGAAGGGUCAGUGUAGGACCCGCUUAGGGGGGGUCUGCCUUGACGUUGGCAGGCGGGCAUUCCCUCCAAUGGCCAUUGGAGCAACUAAAUGACCUCCAUUUGUCUAAAUAUACAUAGGGAUUAAGGAGAGAGCACAGGUAACAUUUUUUUUUCUUUUCUUUGGUUUUUAGGCAAUGUAAUAGAGCAGCAGGAAAUGCUAGCAGAAUGCUUGGUUGUAUAGGGAGAGAUAUUAGCAGUAGAAAGAGGGAAGUGCUCAUGCCAUUGUACAGAACACUGGUGAGACCUCACUUGGAGUAUUGUACACAGUACUGGAAACCGUAUCUCCAGAAGGAUAUUGAUACUUGAGAGAGAGUUCAGAGAAGGGCUACUAAACUGGUUCAUGGAUUGCAGGAUAAAACUUCCCAGGAAAGGUGAGACAGGGGGAUAUGAUAGAAACAUUUAAAUACAUAAAGGGAAUCAGCACAGUAAAGGAGGAGACUAUAUUUAAAAGAAGAAAAACUACCACAUUCUAAGUUUCUAUGAUCGCUGACCAGCACCAGAAUGUGUUGGAUGCACGCAAUGACAGACUCCAUUGGCCUGAAAUACUUGACUGGUGGGUGACUUGACCUACACAACAUGGGGCUCAUGGACAAUUGGGGGAUUAAAUAUGUGUAAAGGGAAUUGGCAGGAUGUUGGCUCUAACAUUUCUUGAGGUAGAGAGCCUUGUUCAACAAUAUCAUAAUUUUUAUAUUCAGAUUUUGAAAUAAUGUCUACUUCUUGGGUGAUAUAGGGCAAUUGAAAGUGUGUCUGUGAAUUUCCGAUAUUAUUGGAGUUGGGGUUUUAGCCAGUUAUGUGUCCAUAAUUCUGUAUUGUAAAACUGCCUAUUUAUAUAUUCAUUUUUAUUUAUUUUUUUGCUUCUUUUUAUAGGCUCGACAUAGAUCUGAUAAUGAGAUAAACAAUCGACCUUCUGAAGUUAUGAAAGAUGGAAGGUAGAUUAAUCUUGUAUUUAAUAAUUAAAAAAAAAAAAUCUAUCUGUAUAGAAAAAUUGCUUUUUGGUUAACUUCUUUAUUGACAAAAUUUUAGAUUAAUGUUAUAUCUGCCAUGAAAGUGGUACUGUGCUAAACACAAUAUAUGCGCUAUUUUUAGGUUUAAGAAAACAAAGUGGAAGAAUAUUCGUGUGGGCAACAUCAUCCGAAUUAAUAAAAAUGAGUUUAUUCCUGUAAGUACUGUUUCCAUUCUGUAAUAUGUAUAUUUGAAAUGACUGCAAAGCACCACUAAAAUGAUCUGCAGACCAGUUUGUUUCCAUAAAUGCGUAGCUUUGGAAUGCAUAGAAUUAUUCUCAUUAUCUUUUAAUUUUUUUAAUUUACAUUGAAUAUAAAAUAAUUCUAUUGAUUUACAAUAAAACCGAAGCCGCGCAAACUGACCAUUCUAUUCACAAGGUAUUACCAUCUAAUAAAAUAUUGGGAUUUUAUUGUUUGGAGAUAUGCAGUUGUUAUUGAUAGGCUAUUGGUCAGCCUUUCGUGGUGUGCUGGCUCCACCAGUUCUCCUAUUUGACUUUAAAUCUGAAAUUCACUUUGAAUUCUCACUUUAGUGUAGAACGGACUUAUUAAAGGUGGUAGAAACAGAUGGUAAGUGUAUGAAGAUAUUGUGCCGAGAAUUCUGAUUAUGGAGUCAUUCAAUCAAGAUAUGCUUGGGGUUUUUACUAUUGAUUUAGUAACUAAGAUUUUUAUGGGUCCAAUUAAAUACCACAGCCAUUUUUGGAGAGUUCUAAAAAGGUACACUAAUUGCAAAUUACUACGUUUUACAUUAAAUGUCCUAAAUUAGAUCCUCCCUAUGGGAUGUGGGCUGUAUUUAUUUAUAAAGGUAAUGAUAUUUUAUAAAAAAAAAUGCAUAAUGAAUGACACUGGUGGCUUGUUCACUUGUUUUUCUAUUGCAAGUAUUCCUGCUCAGAGUUACAAGAAAUCAUACUUCCAUUAAAACCGCUGUAUGGCCCUGAUCAUAAAGGGGGACUUUGCAUAAAAUGAUUAUACAACUAUACUUUGGUUUUCCUAUUUUAAGCUGGAAGAAUGCUGCAUGAAUCUCUGGGAGAUUUUAUUGAUACGCAAAUAUUAGACCUAUUAAAAAUAAUUGGAACAAAGUAUCAGUCAAUUAGACUCUCUGGAAUAAAAUCCUCAAGAAGGAUCGUGUUUCAUUUUACAUACCUACACAUAGAUUGAACUCCAUAGUGAAUAGUUAAUGUGCUAAAUCGUUGGAGAUAAUGUUAGAGUACAAUGGUAACUGUCUACAUCAAAAUGGGAAAAUGUUACAAAGGGAGAUGGCACAGAAAGGCAUAAUACCAGCUGGUGACAAUCUAGCUCAGUUCCUGGCAUAUGCUUAGCGAUAAGGUGGAAUUCUUUGUUUCUGUAAUAUUUAUAUUGUUUUGAUUCCAGAAAAGAUUUACAUAGUAAAGAUAUACUUAAUAGUGUAUCAGUGGUCCGGUCUGAGACACAAGAAGCUGUUCUUUACGCUGGUACACAUUUAGGUUAAUGGAAAACUGUAUAUGGAUUAUUUUUGUAGAAACAUAGAAUGUGACGGCAGAUAAGAACCAUUCGGCCCAUCUAGUCUGACCAAUUUUCUAAAUACUUUCAUUAGUCCCUGGCCUUAUCUUAUAGUUAGGAUAGCCUUAUGCCUAUCCCACGCAUGCUUAAACUCCUUUACUGUUCCCUCUACCACUUCAGCUGGAAGGCUAUUCCGUGCAUCCACUACCCUUUCAGUAAAGUAAUACUUCUUGAUGUUAUUUUUAAACCUUUGCCCAUCUAAUUUAAGUCUAUGUCCUCUUGUUGUGGUAGUUUUUCUUCUUUUAAAUAUAGUCUCCUCCUUUACUGUGUUGAUUCCCUUUAUGUAUUUAAAUGUUUCUAUCAUAUCCCCCCUGUCUCGUCUUUCCUCCAAGCUAUACAUGUUAAGAUCAUUUAACCUUUCCUGGUAAGUUUUAUCCUGCAAUCCAUGAACCAGUUUAGUAGACCUUCUCUGAACUCUCUCUAAAAUAUCAAUAUCCUUCUGAAGAUACGGUCUCCAGUACUGUGUACAAUACUCCAAGUGAGGUCUCACCAGUGUUCUGUACAAUGGCAUGAGCACUUCCCUCUUUCUACUGCUAAUACCUCUCCCUAUACAACCAAGCAUUCUGCUAGCAUUUCCUGCUGCUCUAUUACAUUGUCUGCCUACCUUUAAGUCAUCAGAAAUAAUCACCCCUAAAUCCCUUUCCUCAUAUGUUGAGGUUAGGACUCUAUCAAAUAUUCUGUACUCUGCCCUUGGGUUUUUACGUCCAAGAUGCAUUAUCUUGCACUUAUCCACAUUAAAUGUCAGUUGCCACAAUUCUGACCAUUUUUCUAGUUUACCUAAAUCAUUUGCCAUUUGGCUUAUCCCUCCUGGAACAUCAACCCUGUUACAUAUCUUAGUAUCAUCAGCAAAAAGACAUACCUUACCAUCAAGACCUCUGCAAUAUCACUAAUAAAAAUAUUAAAGAGAAUGGGUCCAAGUACAGAUCCCUGAGGUACCCCACUGGUGACAGUACCAAGCUUCGAAUAUACUCCAUUGACUACAACCUCUGUCUGUCACUUAGUCACUGCCUUACCCAUGCAGUCUUUGAGUUUAUUAAUAAGCUUUCUAUGUGCAACAGUGUCAAAAACACAUGGAACCAACUUUAAAAAGCUCUAGCAUAUCUUCUGUGAGGUUUGAUUUUUUUUUUUUGUUUUUGUUUUUUUGUGUUUUUAUAGGCAGAUGUUCUGUUGCUUUCCAGCUCUGACCCAAACAGUCUGUGCUAUGUGGAAACGGCUGAACUGGAUGGGUAAGUCUACUCUGUAUCUCUACUCUGUAUAAUUAGUAACUGUUAAAAUCUGAGAUUUGUGAAAAGCAAUUUGAUUAAAUCCCCCCUCGCGCCCCCCCCCACCCAUACACACACACUGCUGGUCAAAACUUUAAUCUCUCCCCUAACUUCUAAACAUUCUUAAUCAGGAGCAGACUGAAACAAUAUUGUCAUGCGGAGAUCCCUACACAAUGUGUGUUCGCAGUUGGAUCACCUGACUUAUGGAAAUCUAUUUCCCCGUGGCAAACCUUUUUUACAGAAUAGCGUGAGCUGCUCGAAUAUUACAAACCAGUACAAAUAUGAUAUUUAUUUUUAGAGCAUGCAAACCUUGUCAGCGCUAAUGUCAACAGAGAAACGGAACAAGUUAAGUUACCAUUUUUGCCAGCAAUACAUUCAUUUUGUUACACUAGGACAACAUAAUUUCUUCACUUACGGCAAUCUAAAAUCCUUUAUUGGAGCUGUAAAUAUUUCAUCAUAAAGACAUUAUCUUUUAUCACUAAGAUUAGAUUAUGGAUAAUUCUACCAAAUUGCUUUGAAUCCUGUUGCAAAUAUUAUGGCCUGUUCAACCGUAAUUAUUAUUAUAAUUUUUUAAAUAAUUCUUUAUUUUUGUUGUGCAGGGUAUUACAGGUAAGAUUGCAAUGCCACAAUAGCUAUUGCAAGGCAAAAACAUAUCAUAGCAGAGAAGUUAUCUGCCAUAAUGACAACCGUGCACAAUUUGUAUAGUAAGAUGUAGUGAGGUUAAGGAUUCAUAUCCAAAUACUAAAAUAGACGGUCACUUUUUGUCUAUGGUUAGGCUUCUAGAUAAGAUGUGGGUAAGGCAGUGACUAUAACCUAGGCAAGAUAAUUGUUGGGGGUAUCUCUUUAAACAAAAUGUAUUUUGUGUAUAAUUAAUGAGGAAAAGUGCAUAUGACGGGUCACAUCCUUUAAUUCCAAAUUUCUAGUAAAGUCUGAUGAGCGUAAAAUACAAUGAGUGUGCAAAUAACGACAUGGUUUUAUUAUUUUGAUUGUGUGUCAGGGCCAGGACACAGUGCUGUCCCCCCAACAAACGACCAAAAUUCCACCUGUUAAAGAUUUCAUAUACCCUCCAAGUUUUUUUGGGGGGGGAUUCCUCUAAUUCACAAAAAUCUUGAGUUAAUAAUUAUGCUUGUGCGCAAAAAAAAAGCAAAACAAACCUCAUUCAUUCAGGACCAGUGUAGGCUUUAUUUCCCCCAAACUCUUCCAACUCUAAGCCUCAAACUCUGUUCCCUUGAAGCAGAGCGGUCUCUUCCUUUUGUGUGCCUUCAGUCCAAUAAACGCUAUUUACGUUUACUGGGUUAGGUAAUGCAGCGAAGGUACGCAUAAAAUGUAACUCUGCUGCAUUUAUACUUUGCUGGGAUUUGCCAUCCCAUAAUUUUAUUGUGCAGUUGGAAAACUAAGAGACAUGCCAUAUGUGUACAUGCAGUCUCUGCAUUUCUCCAGUGGUGCCACAUGUUCAUUACACGUGUAGCGCGUUGUGCAUGCAGAAAUGCAAGGGUUCUCCUUUACAUAAAUUAAAACCAAGACCACUAUGAAGGAUUUAGCACAAACUAUAGCUAAGGUUCAGUUUAGCCAGAUUGUGUUAAAAAUGAGGACAUGACCGUUCCUCUUUAGUGUUAUUCCAUCCCAUUUCCUUCACCCUAAAGCCCCCCUGUACUAACUUUACUGUAUAGAUGUCAACAUGUUGUUUUUAUUUAUUUUGCAUUGGCUCGAUUUCCCCCUAGAAAUAAGAAUCUUGCUUCAUUAAAACAGAGCCAUGUUUAUCAAGGACAUUUAAAAAGCUAUCUGUGUUUAAAUGUAUAUGUAAUGUAACAUUUUUCCUCUACAAAUCUGUUUCAGAGAAACCAACUUAAAGUUUAAAAUGUCGCUUGAAGUAACAGAUGAGCUCCUUCAAGAGGAAAGUGCAUUGGCAGAAUUUGAUGGUAAUUAUUAUGGAAAUUUUUUUAAAAUUUUUUAUUUUAUUUAUUUAAAGGAACACUCUGGUUUCCAUAAUAACUCCAUCUAAAUAAAGUUGUUAUGGUGCCAAAAGGCCCAAGGGCCUUCUGGCACCAUAACAACUUCAUUUUGAUGGAGUUGCCUUCAGGGGAUAAAAUGUUUGUUUGUGAAGACUGCCUCCAGCACCAAAUCUCCGGACCCCCCAGCAGCAUCUGGCUUCUGAAACUACGUUUUAUGAAGUACAGAGUGCUGCCAGGCAGGGACAUCACUGAUUGGAUACAUCGGUCAGCUGACUCUUUAAUCCAACUUAAAGGGACACUGAAAAAAUACAGUGUUUACAUUGAAAGCUAGGACCACCUCCAGUUGUACUCACUCAGAGUAAACCAGAGGGACUUUGGAGUUGAUGGAGGCAUAACAUGCCUCCAUUCACUCAGAUCUGCUGUCAGCAGAGCACAGGGCAGCACUGUGCACAGCAUCCUGUGAUUCAGUAUCUCCUCCCUCUGCAUGCAGACACUGAACUUUCCUCAUAGAGAUUCAUUGAUUCAAUUCAUCUCUAUGAGAUGCUGAUUGGCCAGGGCUGUGUUUUAAUCAUGCUGGCUCUGCCCCUGAUCUGCCUCUUUGUCAGUCUCAGCCAAUCCUAUGGGGAAGCACUGUGAUUGGAUCAGGCUACCACAUGUCAGCAGACUGCUUGUUUUUCUGAGUCGAACAGCAUGCAGAUUUACAGCUUCUGGCUUGAAUACAGUAAGAUUUGAACUAUAUUUAUGGAGGCAUGAUGUGCCCAGGGGGGCUAGAUGGUGGUGUUAACACUAUAGGGUCAGGAAUACAUGUUUGUGUUCCUGACCCUAUAGUGAUCCUUUAACUUUGGUAAACUCUCAUUUCAGAUUUCAACAAAUGUACCGGAGAAUAAUCUGUUUGCAAUUGCAUUUCUUCUAAAAGAUAAAAAAAUAAAAAUUAAAAUUAUAAGAAUAAUUCUCACCAUGAGCAGGUUACGGAGAAAUUCUGGAGGGAAAAAAAAGAUGCUUUAUGCGUUUUGGGCACUUAACCAUAAGCCUGUGUGACUGUGAAAAGGAAAAUUUACUAAUAAAUGAAAUAUACUUGUGAAAUUCGUCACAAAAAAUGUGUAUUGUUCAAGAUGGUUAUUACAUGUCUCUUUGUCACUUGGCAAUGCCUCUGGAUGCAGGAUUCAUUUAAUUUUACAAGGGGCUACAGUCCAUGUGUACAUUUGAUGGCCCUACAAUAAUUAAAGUCCAUCCUAAAACCUGCCUUAUACAAUAUCACAAGUCCAAACUGAAACCCUAAUAUGUUCUAAAUAACUCUACUUCUUUUGUCUUAACCCCAAGCCGCACUAACCCUUCAACUCUCUGCAAGAAAACCCUGUGCUCUACAGUUAAAUUGCAAUAUGGUAUUAUGGUAGGCUAGUAGUUGCUUUUUUCAUAUGUAAACUGAUUGAAACCAUAAUAUUUACUGUAGUAUUUUUUGGUUUUGUAUUUAUUUGCAGUUGUCUGUCUCUCGUGCCUGUACAUUUAAUCAGACAUUGUAAUGGUGGAGUAAUUAACAUGUAAAUAUUUUUUCCUCUCAGGCUUAGUUGUGUGUGAAGAACCAAAUAAUCGUUUGGAUAAGUUUCUUGGGACGUUAUACUGGAGAGGAAUGAGUUAUGGCCUGGAUGCUGAUAAGAUCUUGCUGCGUGGUUGUACAAUCAGAAACACACAUUAUUGCCACGGACUUGUCAUUUUUGCAGGUAAAAAAAAAUGAAAAGGGUUGACUAAAGUGAGAAAUCUUUCAAAUAUGUAUUUGAAAUGUAUAUAUAAAAUCUACUGGUGUGGUCUCUUUGUUGGUUUUAACAAAUGAAGAGGUUUUUUUGAUGGUCAUUGUGUAUCACAAUUUCUUUAUAGACCACAUCAUUAUUUAUUCUAAAUUUGAAUAUCUUGCUCUUUUCGCCCAGUAAUCUUUUGCAUUGUUUUCUUGUGGAGUGAGAAUUUGACACUGGUAACUGUAUAAGAAUUGGACACUCUGGUAUAGGAAGAAAUGAGGAUAAAGAGUGUCAGCAUUACUUACUAAAGUGAGAUAUUUAAAAUUAAUUUUGAAUUCACUUUGAAUUCCUGAGUAGCUGAAAUGAAAGCAUAGCUGACGUAGAUAGUUUUUCCAAUUUGGGUAUUUUGACGUUAAAUUUGAAAUUCACUUUGAAUUCUCACUGUAUUGAAUAACUGUGUGUGUGUGUGUGUGUGUGUGCACUCUUGAGUGAAAUAACAGUCUGUUUGAUUGGAAAUAUAAAAUCCACAGCCACGUUUCGAACAAAUGAAAUUAUUAUUUAUUUAUUUUUAAAUCCCUGAUGCUUCCAGAAAACGAACGAGAUAUCCUGCCAAGGGGCCAUAAAUAAUGUAAUAAUAUGACCCUAAUCUUCAAAUGAAACAUUAUUUUAUGGAAAUGGUGCUUAAAUUUAAUUCAUAUAUUUUGGGUGCUUUUGCUAUGUUUUUCUGAUUUAUGCUAUCCAUGCCAAAGAUGGGUUAACUAGUGUAUGGGAAAUUAUCCAAGGUGAGAAUGGUUUGUGAUAUAAGUGGAUGCUUUAAACUCUGCAGGCAAGAGUGAGAAGUCCACAGUCCGAAUAUACCCUGACUGGUUACAUAGAAUACUGUUCCAAAAAUUAGCAAAUGUCUUUAGUGGCUCACAAAUAUCUACAGUAAUUACAAAGUAUGAAAAAGUGUUGCAUAUACAAAAAUAAAUGUCAUGAAUAGAGGAAAAUAUUACUUAACUAUUUUAUAAGUGUUAUCAUAUUUUUAUGAAUUUUGUAUAAUGCCAGCAUAUUCCGCACUUAGGGGAAUAUAAUAGCAAACUGACAAACAAUGAUAGAUGUUAAUGAGGGUUAUGCUUAAAAUGUAGAUAUUCACAUUUAUGUUUUAAUAUCUAUCAUUUUCACAUAGCAUAUGUUUUUUUCCUUUUUUAAUUAAUUAUUUAUUUUGUAUGGUUUAGGUGCUGACACUAAAAUUAUGAGGAAUAGUGGAAAAACCAGAUUAAAGCGGACGAAAAUUGACUAUCUGAUGAACUACAUGGUGUAUACGGUAAAUACAAAACUCUAGAAUGGGGUGAAAUAAACUGUCUAGCUGUAAUAUUCAUUGGUUAGACAUAUGCACGGGUGAAAAAUAUAUUUUUUACAUUCAUUUCCCCCCCCAUUUCAGUUCAUUUUAUUUAUUUAUAAAAUAUUUUACCAGGAAAGAUACAUUGAGAUUUCACUCGUUUUCAAGUAUGUCCUGGGUCCACAAAUCAUUGCAUUGUUACAUUAGGGUACAACAAAAUACAAAAACAAUAUUAAUACACAAUAUAUACAACAUUUAACAUAGAACAGGUGAGAAAUAUAUAAUCAACCAUAACACAUGCAUUCUGUUUUGAGGUAUGUAGAGAUGGAUCUCUUAAAGGACUUUAUGCUUAGGGAAGAUUUUAAAUUUUGCGGGAGGUCGUUCCACUGUUGCAGUGCUCUGUAAUGUAUUCAAGUAACAAUUUACUUAUCCAAAUUUCAUUAAAGAAAAUUUGCUUUGUGUAUUGGCUUUGUGCUCUGCUUGUAAUUUGCAACUUUUAGGUAAUUUUUUUUUUUUAUUUUUUUUUUUUACUUUAUCCAUUUGUUCAUUACUUAUGUCAAUAUAUGAUUUUGUAGCCUUCAAGAAUAACGGUAUCUAUUCUUAGGGAAACCCAGUAUGAAAUUGUAAAUUAGUCGGUAUAAUUGUCCUAUAAUGUUCUAAAAGAUUUUCAGCUCCCUUCAAAACAUGUUUUUUUGUUGGUUUUUUUUACCUCCAGAUAUUUGUACUUCUGAUCCUUGCUGCAGCUGGUCUUGCCAUAGGACAGACAUUUUGGGAAGCACAGUAUGGUGCAACAAAUGUGUCUUGGUACCUCGAUGAUGGUAACAGUUAUUCACCCAGCUAUCGAGGCUUUUUAGGAUUUUGGGGAUAUAUCAUUGUUCUCAACACUAUGGUACCAAUUUCCCUUUAUGUGAGGUAUGAUUCAUUGAAAACAUUUCAAGCCAACGUAUGCUCUUUAACAAAAAAUAUAUCUGAAUAUUGUACUGGCAAACUUAUAACAUAACAUUCCAGCAGUGAUGGUGGGAUGGGAGGGUUUGAGAUACAGCACUAGAGGGUGCUUCAUGUUCAAUGUCCUCAAGCAUUGCAUGAGGUCAUCAAAAGUUAAAUUAAUGUUUUCUAUGAGAAGCAUUUGAUUGGAGGCGUGUGGUGCUUGUGCACAGGUGUUUCACCUCCACAAUAAUUGUCUAUAAGAAGCAUUUUAUAGAAGUCGAAGAGAUGUUAAUGGGCAUGAAGACAAAACAGGAGGUGGAUUGUGUGGCUGCAAAAUACUACUGUGUCUCAUUGAUCGUAUACCAUUUAUGUAAUGCUGUUGGGACAUUAAACUGAAGCACCUAUUUUACUACUAAAAAGUCCUGUGAGUGCAUCCUUUAUUUUUAUUUUUUAUAUAUUCGGAUAUUUGGGCAUGCCGGCUACACCAAAGUUGGGUUGAGUGCCAAAAUGUAUGUGUGUGUGUUUGUUUUUCUUUCAUGGGAAAAUGAAAGUACUCUUUGAAUUAUAUGGUUUUCCAUAUUAGGUCAUAACAAAUAUCUGUUCCAAAGCAGGUGUUAAAAUUCGUUAAAUACAACAUUACCCCAUGUCAUGAUCUAAGAUUUUUCGUUAAACUACAGGUUUACGGCAAUGUGCAUUAUAGUAGCCAGGAGCCAUUUGUGUAAUUUUGAGUUAUGUGGCAAUCUAGAAGAGGAUCAUUUCAUGUGAGAGAAAAACUGGUUCCCAUGACUUGCAAAACAAUUCUUCGAAUAAUUGUGGGUGUGCCUCCGAGUUUCCUGAAAUGUUGUCCAACAAUGUAUGAUUAUAUAAAUACUGGUGCUGCCCAAACAUGAAUGUGGAUAUUCAUACAACCACAAUUUGACGUAACCAUUUUUUGUCAUUAUAUUAAGUCCAUCAGCUUUCCUAUCAUCUUGAUUAUGUUGUUAAUAGAAGUAAAAGCUUAGUCAUUUAUGUGACUGAUGGUAGACCAUCAAACAUAGGUGAGAUGCCACUAUAGCACUAGGGCACCUCCUGUACCUCCUUUUUUUAUUUUAUUUUUAACAUUUUAAAAUAACUUUUACAUUGAAUCUUGAGAAUUAACAUUAUUUGGUUUAUUGUUUUAUAGUGUGGAAAUUAUCAGAUUGGGACAGAGCUACUUUAUAAAUUGGGAUCUGCAGAUGUACUACCAGGUGAAGGAUACACCCGCCAAAGCCAGGACAACCACACUGAAUGAACAACUUGGACAAAUCCAGUAUGUCUUCUCUGACAAGACUGGAACUCUGACACAAAAUAUAAUGACCUUCAAGAAAUGUACCAUUAACCAGGAGACGUACGGUAAUUCAAUGCCAAAAACAGCAAAGUAUAGGAUUUUGCAUUUAUCCUGAAUAUAGUUCAGUGAAGAUAAAGCCCUUUGGAACAUUGACAAACUAAGUGGCCUAUUCGGUCAGUUCUUGCCUACAAAUUGGACAUCACCAGCUUGAAAGUGGUCAGGAUUCUCCAAACUGAGUAAAGAUUCAGUUUGGGUUUAGAGUGGAUGGAAUUUCAUGCAUAUUAAUGAGAUUCAAUAGACAUCCAGUCCACUUCAUCUCAAUAAAGUGAUCUGGGUGCCAUGCCCCCCUCAUAUUUUAACCCUGCUGCUGAAAACAUGGCUGUUCUGCAGGAACAGAAAUGUUUUCAUUGCAGGAUUAACCAGCCUCUAGUGGUUGUCCGUAUCCCUGGACAGUCACUAGAGAUGUCUCUGAUAAAUAGAGUAAAACAUAACUGAUUGAUUUAAUCAGAUGGUCCAAAAAAGCCUGAUUGACGCAGAGUGGCAUUUUGCUGUGCAUGCGUACUAGCCUCUAAAUGAUUUUCUGUGGGAAAGCAUUGAAUUGGCUGAGUUAAUCCAUCUUGAUGUCUUCAGUCAAAGAGGUGGAACUUCCCCUAGGUGAGCGGGGCUGCGAGGGAGAAAGAGGUAGUUAAUCGUGGCAGCGGGGCCUGGUCACUUAAACGGUAACUAGGGCAUUGGAGCGUUAGGAAUUCACAUUUGUAUUCCUAACCCUAUAGUGUUCCAUAAAGCCUCUGUCUGUCCCAAACUACUUUUGCAUUAUGAAUAUAGCAGGAUUAUUUGUAGUAAUGUUAAAUUGUAUAACAAUAAGUCUUUAUGGAAAAAUAUAGAAAUGUAAGCAAAGCCUACAUGGCCACAAAAGCAAUCUCAAAAGCAUGCUCCUUGAGGAUAAAUACACGGAUACUAUACUCUGUUCUCUCUAUCCACUGACAUUUGUCAUGUUAAAAGAGCUUUGUGUGUCUGAGGAAAUAAUUGGAAUUCAAAGAUGGAAAGUAGUGUGUGCGUUUAUUAGAAACGUCUGGAAUGUCAUGUAUUGUGCUCUACAUCACUGAAAUAUGAAAGGCUGGAUUUGACAUUAUUAUGCAUCUACAAAUGUGUCCUCUCGUGGCAUCCCAUCUGCUUUUGUUAUAUUUUUGUGACAAAUGGAUUGGCAGACUUUGCAUCUUUCUGUGUGUUCUUGAUUGUAUUGUAGCAAUCAAAAUGUGAUGGAAUGCAAGAACGAAACCCCUAAAAUAGUUGUGUACCGGGAGGAAAACUCAUCGUAAUAAUUAUUUGAAAUGCACAGGAUUUAAAGUUGCUCAAUAAAAUGAUUUUAGUAAAUUGUGUAAGGUGCUCUCUGCUUCACUGCCCUUAGAUGAUGGUGGCUACAUUGGCUGUAGUUGGCAAAACAGAUCACUCUUACAAUUAAAGGAAAAUUUAGGGCCUGAUUUUUAUUUUAUUUGGUGGGCAUCUUUCAACAAUUGGCAGUAAUCUUGCAUUUACCACAUAAAAAAAUUAAGUAAAGGUGAAGUAGAAAGUAACAAAUUUGCAGCUAAAGACUGGAAUGUUACAUAUAAACCAGUGUUCGACAGGAGUUUUAUAUAGUCCUUUUCUCACUACGAGGGCACAAGUCAGUCCGUAUGGUAGUGAACUGAAUUCCACUUUAAAGCAAAUAAGUCUGAUAUGGAGAGAUAUAAACAGUCUAUGAAUACCAGUCAAAGGUUACCUCCUUUUACAGAGGAAUGUGUACAACAGAGUGUUUUUAAACAGAUACGGUGAUUUACAAGCUGCUCGAUACACUUAUGUGGAAAUAUCCUCUAUUCCACGAAACAAAAUUAGAAUUAUUAGUGCGGUGUAAGUGACAAAAGACUUAUACCAGUAAGUGGAGCGCUCUAACACAUAUAGCUUACCAAAUGGUCUCUCAUUCAAUAAUAGAGUAUAAAGGUACAUGUCGAGCAAAAAAUACAAGAAAUACAAUAUAGUGCAGACGGUUUUUAAAAUAAUAAAAUUAUAAUAAAAUUAUGGUGGUGAUGUCUUGAUAAAUGGAACACUCACAUUUCAAGGAGCCUGUAUGUAAGAACACUGGCUCCGUAUUUUGGCUUGUGUGCUUUUUUAGGGUAGCACCGCCCGUCUGCUUCGGUAUGGGGUAUUCCUCAAAGACAAAAAUAGGAGAAGCAGACCAAUGUGUAGAUAGUGUUUGUGGAAACACAAUAUUUUAGAAAUAAGUGGUGUGCUCACCUGGUCCUGAGCCUGUGGGUCCCGGCUCUAGGUGUAUAGGUAGUGCGCCAAUUUGAAUGGGGAUGGCACUACCCCUGGGAAGAUACUCUUGAGGUUUCCAAAAAAGGACUUUAGAGGAUCUUAAAUGAAAAGUAAUGGAUUUAUUCAAAUAUAAAACAAAUAAAAACAAUAAGGGCAGAGAAUGCCGGAGAGGAUGUACACUGCUCCCUCCCCCCAACCUGCACGCAGGAAUAGCGUGCGUCAUGACGGAGGGGUUAGGGAACUUCCGGGUGGCAGCGGAAUGGUGAUCACGUGGGUCCGUGACGUCAUUUCCGCCAACCGCCCGGAUGCAAGCGGAUAACUUCCGCCAACCACCACAGUCCACCAAUGAAAUUCGGAGAUAAGAAAGGCGCCAGUUAUUAGAUCCAAUUAAAGGGACACACAUAUAAUAUACCAUAUGAAGGACAUGUAACCACCAACAUGAUUGGACAAUAUGGACUGCAGCCAUUAAAGGGGAGGACCCCAAAAAACAUUCAAAAUGGAAGAUCCAGAGGCCCAAACAUCACAGCUGACUGAGGAAGCUCCACAACAAGGAGUGAAACGCGUAUUGGCUAUUUUAAAGGACUUUUUAUUAAGGACUUUUUAGAAUUAUUGUUUUUAUUUGUUUUAUAUUUGAAUAAAUCCAUUACUUUUCAUUUAAGAUCCUUUUAAGUCCUUUUUUGGAAACCUCAAGAGUAUCUUCCCAGGGGUAGUGCCAUCCCCAUUCAAAUUGGCGCAAUACCUAUACACCUAGAGCCGGGACCCACAGGCUCAGGACCAGGUGAGCACACCACUUAUUUCUAAAAUAUUGUGUUUCCACAAACACUAUCUACACAUUGGUCUGCUUCUCCUAUUUUUGUCUUUGAGGAAUACCCCAUACCGAAGGAGAUGGGCGGUGCUACCCUAAAAAAGCACACAAGCCAAAAUACGGAGCCAGUGUUCUUACAUACAGGCUCCUUGAAAUGUGAGUGUUCCAUUUAUCAAGACAUCAUCACCAUAAUUUUAUUAUUAUUUUAAAAACCGUCUGCACUAUAUUGUAUUUCUUGUAUUUUUUUCUCGACCUGUACCUUUAUACUCUAUUAUUGAAUGAGAGACCAUUUGGUAAGCUAUAUGUGUUAGAGCGCUCCACUUACUGGUAUAAGUCUUUUGUCACUUACACCUCACUAAUAAUUCUGAUAUGGAGAGAGUCUGAAACUUGGCUCUUACUAAUGUUCUCACAUUUAAAUGGAAUAAGUAGCUGAAUAAUGUAUUAUGCUUACCCAUCUUUAUGGUACUAAAUUUAAUGACAUUGGAAUAUGUUACCUGUGUAUUUUUUGAUUACCGGUAGCUUGUCUAAGAAAGAAAGUGCACAUUUAAAAGUUUAGAAAACUGUCCCUGAUAAUGUAUUUUUUCUCUAGGUGAACAAAGGCAUACUGAUGGACAUAAAUCUGGCCACAGUGAGGUUUGUUUUAAUAUUUUAUACUAAACUUCUAAAGACUUGGGUGUCAUCGGUCUGAUUGUCAGACUUUGUUUUGUUUCCCUGUGAUCAUCUGAAGUGUCCUAUAAACGUGCUAGAGAACUCUUUACUCAUGGUCUUUUUCCAUUCUAAUAAAAUUACUUCUGAUUUUCCUGAAAUACGUAGGUUUGAAACUUAAGCAUAAUGUCUGUGGAAUUCAUUUUUCGUCCACUUUGUUUUCCCCAAAUUGUAAACCUGGUUUUAAUUUGGAUUUUAGAGGAGAGAGCCUUUUGUAUGACCCCUUGUCUUUGAAACAUACAGUUUGUGUAACGUAAUAUCUUUUUAUUUUUAUUUUGUAUUUAUUUAUUUUUGCUUUCUUUUUAUUGUGGUUUCAGGAUGUAGAUUUUAGUUGGAAUCCUUUAGCAGAUGCAAAGUUUACAUUUAACGAUCACUACUUGGUUCAGCAAAUACGUUCAGGGAAGGAUGCCAGUGUCCAUCUGUUCUUUAAAUUGCUUGCUCUGUGCCAUACUGUGAUGGUUGAGAAAAUAGAUGGUAAGUUUACAAGUUCCACACAUUCUUGAUUGCUUUAUUGUGUCUCUAUUGGUUUUCUAUAUGGAAUAUAUUAAAGUUCCAUUUUAUUUUUCCUCUUUUUUUUAUUUUUUAUUUUGCAACAGGUGAACUUGUUUAUCAAGCAGCCUCCCCUGAUGAAGGAGCAUUGGUUACUGCAGCUCGAAACUUUGGUUUUGUGUUUUUGUCCAGAACUCAGAGCACCAUCACGAUUAGUGAAUUGGGCAAUGAGCAAACCUAUGAUGUUCUUGCCUUGCUCGACUUUAACAGUGAUCGGAAAAGAAUGUCUAUAAUAGGUAAGUGGGGUUGUUCAUUGACCAAAUAGAACUUCUCACGCAUGCCUAACUAGCCAUGUAAUGAGACACAAACGCAUAACUAGCUCCACACACAUCUAAUUAGCCCCCCUGUACACAUCCAAUUAUCCACAUCAACAUAGGUCUAGAUUUAAUAUUAAAUAAGCUUUCCAAAUUAUUUAAUAUUUUUGGAUAAACUUUCAAAAUUAUCUUUUAAAUAAUUUUGGAAUAUUAAAAAAAAAUCCUAUAUAAAAAAAUUUAAUAAAAAUAAAAUCUAAAUAUUUCAAAAGUAAAAUACUUUUCAUAAUAUUAAAUCUUAUUAGAAGUUUAUCCAAGAAUAUUAAAUCAAGGCCAUAGUUAAGGCAUAUAGUCUGGCAAAAAUAUAAUUAUUUUAUAUAUAGACAUAAAUGUUUAGAUAGAUAUGUAUAUGGAUGGAUAUAGAUAGUUAAUUUUAUUUUAUUUUACAGUGCGAGAACCGAAUGGUAAACUCAGACUUUACUGUAAGGGUGCUGACACUGUUGUAUAUGAACGUUUGCAUUCAAACAACCCCAUCAAAGAACAGACUCAGGAGGCUUUGGAUGUAAGUUUGUACCUUGGUGAUCUUUGACACAUUUAUGUAAGAUACGUAUAUAAAGUCCUUUUGUUGGUGUCGGUACAAAUACAUUUUCCAAGUUCUAUUCUAAUGCAAGAACAUCUCCAGAAAUGUAAGUCUUCACUGUAGAGAGCGUUCCUUUUGGGAUUUUGAGAGUGUCUCCAUGCUCUCGAUCACUCAAUUCUCCAUUGUGUUUGACAGAGUGCACAAGGAUAUGACAUUCCAUCCAGAUGCACUGUCUCAGACUAAAACGUGAGAGCAGUGCCAGUUUCAUAUAGGGGCUAUUGGAACUGAAGUUCCAGGCCCAUGCAUUGCUAUAGGCCCAAGCUGCCUGAUAUAUCUUCUUUCUUUUGAUCUGUUGCUAUAUGGCAUACUCGUAGCGUGUGGCCAGGGAGACACAAGUCUCUUCCAUGGCCUGGAUGAGAAACAUAGAAAACACAUCAAUAAAAACUAAAGUGCUAUAGAGAACAUUGGCACAGUAUGUACGAAAAUCCAUCUGAUCUGUGACUUGCUUAAGAAAUAGAAUGGCCUUAUUCUCUUGACCGACAUUCGUAAUCUACAACAUCAGGACCUGUUAGGGGAGUGGCCAUGCGUGGGUCUAUUGCAUGGGUCUACAGGCACUCCAGAUGUUGGGGACUAUGUUUCCCAUGAUGCUUUGCCAGCAUUAUGGGAGAUGUAGUCCACAAGAUCUGGAGUGUCUAAGGUUGCCUAACUCUGCUGUAGAUCUAUUGCACAAAGGCCUGACCUAUAUCUAUAUCUCAGCUGCACAAAUACCUCCUGUUUCUAAUCACAUGUAUGAAGGAUCCCCUUAGUCCAAUGACCCAUUGGAUAGACUGUGACUAAUUGUACCUAUUGCAUUAACAGCAAAUGUCUCUGUAACGCAGUAAUUUUAAUCAUGUUCAAUGUACCAUACAUCCUAUAAUUUUAGCUAUGUGGUAUGCAUUUACCCUCCAUAAUAUAGUAAGUGUACUCAACAACAGCCCUAGUAUUUUGACACAGGGAUCAGGUUAUCUGUUCUAGAGUAAAACACAUAGUCCAUUUCAAUUUCUUAUUAAUUCUUGUAAAAUAUUUCACUUUUUAAAAAAAAAAAAAAUUAAAAAUUUUUUGCAGACUUUUGCCAACGAAACUCUGAGGACCCUUUGUCUUUGCUACAAGGAUAUUGACGAGGUCGAAUAUGAGAAAUGGAACAAGAAGUAUAUGGCAGCCAGUGUGGCUAUGAGUGAUCGGGAUGAAGCUCUAGAUAAAGUAUAUGAAGAAAUUGAAACUGAUUUAUUGGUAGGUGAAACUAGCAUAUAACUAGAAUGUGUUCACACAGGCACAAGUCAGGUUUUACGUUAUUCUUUAUAUAUUUGUAUGAUCUUUUUGGGUCAUACUUCUACUGGUAUAUACAGUAUCGAGCCUAAGUGGUGUAUGCAUAGUUUGGAUGCCUGAGCAGCAUUUGCCCAUAUUUGCCACAAGGGUUGCCAUAUACACAAUGUUUCCCUGGGCACAUCACUUGCACAUAUUAAUGAGCAGUACUUGAAAAUAACAUAGAAUGUAUGUGUGUCCAGAAAUACACGGUGAAUAUGGCAAAGCUACCAUGGAAGAACGGCUAUCACUCACUAAACAUUCUAUGAAGCUAUUAUUUGAAUUCUUUGUACUUUCCCUUGAUUGGUCCAAGGUCAGCUGAUCUUUGCCAGUUUCCUUUAAUUGUACUAGAUCGUGAUAAGUAUAAAAAAAAAUUUCUAUGUUGAGUUAAGCAUUUGUGAAAACUUCUCAAUGUUUUAUUUAUUUAUUUUUGGGGUGUGGGGAUUUCUUUGUAACAGCUAUUGGGAGCCACAGCUAUUGAAGACAAGCUACAAGAUGAUGUUCCUUACACAAUCUCCAAACUAGCUAAAGCAGACAUAAAGAUUUGGGUUCUUACUGGUGAUAAAAAGGGUAAGUGCUUUAACAGGAGCUGCAUACAUCCCUGCUGUUUGUGCUUUUUUUGGAGAAAUAGUCUCCUGGCCGUCGUUCGGUUGCGUUUGUGCAAAAUGUACCAUCGCCUCAGUCUUGCUCAUGUCACAUAUGUUCUUUUUGUGGAGCGGAGACCAGUUUGGAAGCAAAGGGUGACCAGCCUGGUCUCCUGUGGGAAUAUUUGCCCAGAGAGGAGCAUUCCAAGUUCUAGCUAGAUAUUAAGGUGUCACACAUCAUUCCAUCUCAUCUCCUUUUACUUAUUUUUUUAUUUUCGCUGUCUCUCAUUCUGUUACUGCUCCCUGAACAUCUGAUGGCUGAGGGAUAUUCUAUUGCUUUUAUAGUAUCACUUGUCUUAAUCAACUUUUUAUACAUUUUUCAUGAUAUUAAAAAUAGUUGUAAUUGCAUUAAAAAAAAAAAUAUACGGUAAGUAUGAAGUUAGGUAGAGGAAGUAAGGCACCUACCAAAUAUAUGCAUGUAUUAUACACACCUGGUGUAGUAAAUUUUCUAAUUAAAUCACUUCCUAGCAUCGAUACGUAUGGAUGUGGGAUGGGCAGGCCUUCAGAGAAGUGUUGCCAAUGAUUCAUCUUGCAUCACUGGUGUUCCCCAUAAUGGCCUAACUGACCUGCCCAGAAAGUGGGUGGUCAUGACCACUGAAAGGAUGUGCCAUCAAUCACACAAGAAUGGAAACUUUUUGGCACGCCCUCACAAAACGGGACCAUCUAAAGUGCAGAGGACACUAGGACCAUGCAAGGAGCACAGCGCGAGUGCCUCUGAGGGGUUUGCACUGUGAUGCCUGGGGACAGUUUACUAGUGUCCCUGGAUGUGGGACACCAGGGAACUAAAUUGUGACAGUAGGACAGGGAACUAAAAUGGGGACUGUCCAGCCAAAAGUGAAAGCCUGAUUAAAUGUUUGUUUUCCCCCUUUGUUCUUAAUGUAUGCCAAAUAACACUUAUUAAAAUGUAAUACUGUGGUAUCUUGUAUCUAAGUUGUCUAAAGAUAUUCACUGUUCUUAUUCUAGAAACGGCAGAAAACAUUGGAUUUGCUUGUGAGCUUUUAACAGACGAAACAGCGAUUUGUUAUGGUGAAGAUAUCAAGUAAGUUAGUCUUCCAGCAUACAAUAAUUGAAGGGGCUCCAAAGGGGUGAAAUUUUAUUUUGUAUCUGAAUAAAUACCAGCUAUGUGAUUCUGAUGUGACAAGUACUGUUUAAAUUGUGUUUAAAAAAUAUCACAUUUAAGGCUGCUAUGGUCUACGGGGAAUCCUUAACUUUUGCUGAAGCUGUCUAGAACUUCAUUGUGUCUGAGUAUUCUUGUGGGUUUUUUCUCUGUUUCUACACAUACAUAUUUGUCUGUAGUUUAAAUUUCCCUACAAUGUAGUUCUAUUUGACAGAAAACUCCAGGGAACCACAAGACUUGUAUCACCUGGGGAACUUGAGAAAAAUAUUUUAUUUUUAUGUGAUGUCAAAGAAGCUACUCUUUUUCCAUCCCUACAUGAAAGAGCCCUUUGAUCUAUAUUAUGAUAUAGUAGUGUAAAAGUGUACAUUUAAAAAAACACUGUUAAAGGACCCCUAUAGUGCCAGGAAAACAUACUUGUUUUCCUGGCACUAUAGUGCCCUGAGGGUGCCCCCACCCUCAGGGUCCCCCUCCGUCGGGCUCUGGGGAGAGGAAGGGGUUAAAAUCUUAUCUUUCUCCUUCCUAGUGACGUCAUCGGCUGAAUGCGCAGGAGCCGCGCGCGCAUUCAGCCGAUGACGUCACUAGGAAGGAGAAAGCUUUCCUAUGGACGCUGGCAUCUUCUCACUGUGAUUUUCACAGUGAGAAGCACGCAAGCGCCUCUAGUGGCUGUCAAUGAGACUGCCACUAGAGGCUCUAGAGGCUGGAUUAACCCUAUUAUAAACAUAUGCUAUGCUUAUAAAAAAAAAAAGGGUUAACCCUAGCUGGACCAGGCACCCAGACCACUUCAUUAAGCUGAAGUGGUCUGGGUGCCUAUAGUGGUCCUUUAAGUCCUUAAUUCUAUGUAUAUUCUAAGAUGCACUCUUCUGUUUAAUUAAAUGUGUUUUGAUACUACUGUGUUCAUGAAAUCCACUAGUUGCGGAUCAUGGGAAUUGUAGUCCACUUAAUGUUUCAGAUUGCCUGUGGAUGUUAUUUUGUUUGUGUAUUAAGUACAAUUUAGACAGAAAAUUUCUGAUUGCGUCUCUUUUAGAAUUUUCCAAGAAUUUCUCAUGUUGGUUAACUUCUUGCAAGUCUUUUGUCCUUAAACUUCUUGUUCAUUCUGUUAUCCUGCAGCGCCCUUUUAAACACGAGAAUGGAAAAUCAGAGGAACAUAGUAGCAGGAAAUCCGGGAGCAUCAGUCAGCCAUGAGCCUUAUUUCCAGCCGGGCCAAAAACGUGCACUAAUUAUAACCGGUUCUUGGCUGGUAUGUAUUCACUGCACUGAGAGCCAUACUUUAAUGAAAAUAAUUGUUAAAUAUAUAGAAUGUUAUGUAAUUAGGAGGCAAAAGGGUUUGUGUAUAUAAACAAAGUAUUUACACCGGCUGUGUGUGUGCACUUUAUGUACAAAUCUUUUACUUCAUCCAUUAUACCGGUACAUUUGUUCCUUUUUUUUUUUUUUUUUUUUUUUUUUUUUUUUUUUUUUUUUCUUUUUUUCCCUUUUUUUUUUUUUUUUUUUUACCUUGAUGAAUUUACCAUUGAUUACAUUUACAGAAAAGGAAAACAAAUUGCUGUAGUAAAAAAUAUGUACAUUUUCAAUUGAAAGGAUAUAUUUUUUUUUUUAUUUUUUUUUUAUACAUUAAGCAAAAAGGAAGACAACAGUGAAUAGUGGUGAAUAUUUGUCGGAGGGAAAAGAACAAAUUCAGUCUUUCAGAAUUUUUUUAUUUUUGUAAACAUUAGGAGACACACAUAUUUUUUGUGAACCUAAAAAAUAACAAAAACAGGGGGGAAAUGCAAAUGAGACCAGUCUUUGAUGUCUGUAAGCUUAACUUCAUAAACUUCCAUCUGUGUUUCCAUAAGUUGUAGGUGAUCCGCCAGGCUAUUUAUUGUGUACUUCAGCAUAUUCAGCCAAUUUAGUUUCAACGUCAGAGCUUCUGGCCACAAGUUCUUGUAUGUUCUUCCUGAGGUCUCCCACUGUUUUUUGUAGUUUACCCAUCAGCUUUUCACACACGGUGUCAAUGAGAGAACGCAAAACUCGUUGGGUAAUUGUCAUAACCCCGGGAUCUGAGACACUGUGUGAAUGAUCGUGAUCCUCAGCCCCACCAUAUUGAUCCUGCUCAAGGAGCGAUGCCACUCUGUUGGACCAUUCAGGCGACAAACAAACUUGUCAUUUUUCCUGGUAUGCUUCUUGCUCCUAAAUUCACAGGGGAAAUUAUGUCCAAGUCUUCUAAAAUUAGCUGUAAUAUCACUCUCUUAAGGGCUAAGUUGCAGCUUAGCUUCAGACUUUUGCUUCCAUGCACCUCGAAGUCUAGACCUCGCCAUGUGUGGUCCUAUUUCUGAACACAGCUAGGAGCUUUUUCGGUUUGCAGCAGAGCAUUGUAUUCAUAUUCAACCAAUUUGCUCACACAAAUAAAAAAAAGGAUUAUAAACCGGUUACGUUUAAAAAGGAACAUUGAUGCUUUAUACAAUACAAAGUGAAAUAUUGGCAUUUAUGAACUACCUAAAUAUUUUAAAUAAGCUUAUCCAAUUGUGUCCAUCGUAAUAAACUUUAUUGUUGGACAUCAUUGUUUUAAACAAAAAUUCUGCAUUUGUAUAGGCGUGCCAUAUAUUCAUUUUUUCCCAUUAUUAUUUAUCGUACAGAAUGAAAUACUCCUUGAGAAGAAGAAAAGGAAAAAGAGAGGUCUGAAACUCAAAUUCCCCAAGACUAAAGAAGAGCAACAGAAAAAUGUAAUCGAGAAACAGGCAACCUAUGCGCUAAAAGAGCAAAGACAGAAGAACUUUGUGGAUCUCGCCUGCGAGUGCAGUUCGGUGAUCUGCUGCAGGGUAACUCCUAAGCAGAAGGCCAUGGUGGUGGAUUUAGUAAAGCGAUACAAGAAAGCGGUCACACUCGCAAUUGGAGAUGGAGCCAACGAUGUUAACAUGAUUAAAAGUAAGAAAGUAACUCGUGUUAAGUAUAAUGCGAAUCUGUAAUUCUGUAUCUGCAACAUAAACAAAUGCAAAAAACUGCACAAAAAAAUGUGCAAACGUUAUUUUAAAAAGUGAAAUAAUAUACCGCCGUGUAAACGACACCAUCAUUAUUAAUAAAUGUAAUUAAUACUUUCCAUACAAAUACAUGAAAGAUGUCUACCUUAGGACUAUCAAGUCCUGAACCAUAAAAUCUUAGAACACAACUAGGGAUGCGGCAAAUAUACUGAUUCCAAAUGUACUGUUUGUUCUGAUCUACAUAUCUCAAGCAGGGCCAUGGGAAAAGUCUACGUUGAGCACAAUAAUUGUAGAAAAACAAGUAAUUUUUUUCAGAAUUCCCAGCUAAGGAGUAAGUAGACAUUGUUUCAGAUUUCAUUCUGCAUCCUUAGCAACGGAGCACUGUUUUAAUCAUAGCUUAACCAAAACCAGAAGGUUUCUAAAUAGAAACCAAACAUGGACUUCACAGUUAAACUUUUGUAUCUUGUCCGCAUGCUGCUGGUUCUGGUAUACUUGUCGCAUUACUAGUAGUGUUCUUAAGUAACUAUGUAUCUUCUUGUGCUUCUUUUGCUGUAACUCAAGGAUACGAAAUUGAUGAGCCACAACAUAUUAUUUUUCGAACACACACUUAAAUGGACACUAUAGGCACCCAGACCAUUUUAUCUCACUGAAGUGAGUGAAGUGCCCCCUGCAGUGUAAAACAAUGUCAUUUAAUAGACACAGCAAUAUCUGAUAAAUAAAAAGCAUUCAAUUGGAGAAGUGCAGAACUUUCUACGCACGUGCUUCUCCUCUCCAAUACUCCUCUCUCAGGAGCAUUGGAUUAGGCAAGAUGUAAGUGAUCCUUUAAAACAGUACUGAUUGUUUAGAUUUAUUUAAAAAAAAUUAUUUAUUGUCACAGACAUUGUAGAAGUCUUAUUUAAAUUCAAAAGAAAGUACCAGGGCACCACAAUCACUUGUCUUUACCAGCUUGUCUCCAAUAACUUUUAGAGGGAGACAAAUUAUAACUAAAAUAAGAGAUCAGUAUAGUAAAAAAUAUAACCAUUUAUUCAAAUUCAUAUAACAAAAAAAUGCUCUAAAACUACUUUUGAAGGUUGUUUGAAAGAGCACCAUGUGUAGGUUGACGGUAUAUUGUAUCGCGGAGUCUUUUUUUGGUCUAUUACAUAAAAUAACUAUGGUAAUCAAGUGCCAAAAUGAGUAAACUCUGUGAGUGACACACAACAAAAGCAAUAUUGUAAGACUUAUAGACUAGUAUAAUCUGCCCCCUAGUGUUUGUUAGCCACAGUGCACAAUCUUUCAUACGAUCAGGAUUCACGCUUCAAGUUCCUAAUAUGUAAUUCAUUGACUUACAAUUCCUGUGUUCUCACGUUCCGUUCAGUUGAGGAUUGUUGCUGGCAGUGUGUAUUUUGGUUUCUCUCAUUUUAGUGAUUUGUCUCUUGCCAUCUAAUUCCUUAACGGGCAGUUCUGUUUUUCCAAUUUGUUUACAGAGUUUUACCAAUACUUGCUUGACUUGCCCAUUGGCUGUAUUUCUGUAUUUUCAUAAUAUCUUCACUAUGAAGUACGGCCAGAUAUUUUUAUUCAGAUUUGUUUUAAUUAAUUUUUUUCAGCAGUCUGAAAAGCCAUUUGCUGCCAGUGGCUAAUAGUUUACUCAAAUCUUUAGAUCAGAGUCUUUUUUUCACUUUCUCAUUUUGAUCCACUGGUCCGGUUAUGGGUCACAAUAGUAUACACAUCCAAUCAAGAUAUAUAUAUAUAUAUAUAUAUAGAUAGAUAUAUAGAUAUAUAGAUAUAUAGAUAGAUAUAUCUCUAUAUAUAUAUCUACGUUCUUUGACACUCAGUGAAGAAAAUGGUUUUCACUUAAAAGGCUUUACUAUUUUUACCACAAAGUUAGACUUUUUAGUAACUCUGCUUUCCUUUACAAAGUGCAUUGCAUAAAACACAAGUAUUGUGUACAUACAGUGCUUAAAGGUGGAGGUUCCUAGCAAGUUGCUCUUUUUAUAUCUCAAAGAAAUGUAACCCCUAUAACGCUUUACUAGUCUAUGGUCUAUUUGGUGCCCGUUACUGCUUUAGCACUUUAAAGGGACUCAGAAAUUACUUUACAUUGUGUUGGUUAUCCCAUUAGAGCUUAAAAGAUCUUGUAAAGUUUACAAAUGUAUCCUUGUGUUUCCAUUACAGCUGCCCAUAUCGGUGUUGGUAUAAGUGGCCAGGAAGGAAUGCAAGCUGUCAUGUCCAGUGAUUACUCCUUUGCACAAUUUAAAUAUCUUCAAAGACUUCUCUUAGUCCACGGCCGCUGGUCCUACAUCCGCAUGUGCAAAUUUCUCGGGUACUUUUUCUACAAAAACUUUGCAUUUACAUUGGUUCAUUUCUGGUAUGCAUUCUUCAACGGCUUUUCUGCACAGGUAAGAAGAAUUAUGGAAAAGUAUUUACUAAUGCUGUACACGUAGAUUUUUGAGUGGGUAUGUUUUUUUUAUUUUUUAUUAUAUGAUGUUAUAAAAAAAUUUUGGGCAGAUUUACUCUUGAUAAAUGUAAUUAUCACGUUUGUCAAACAUAUUGUGGCCAAUAGAUAGAACAUCGUAAAUGUCCCUCUACUUUAUAUGUACAACCUGCUGAUAUUAAAAUAGAUAUGUAUUCAAUUGUUACAUUUUAUAUAGAUCAGAGGUCUAGGAUAAUGCAUACAAUCAUGUCACUUAAAUUGAACCAAAGAUAAAUUGGACCAAAUUCCUUACAUCUGAUAUACAUAUAAAGAAGCUUCAGAAACUCAAUUGGUUCACAUGAAGAGCAUUUUUAUUGGCUCAUAACGUAAAGAGCAACAUUUUGACCAUAACAAAGGUCUUUGUCAAGCAUGUUGCUCCUUGCGUUAUGAUCUAAUAAAACUGCUCUUUCUAUAGUACAAGGAAGGUAUCAUCGUUUUAAUGCAUAUAAGGUUAGUAGCUGUCAAAGGACAAAAUACCACUGCACAACAGUAUGCAUUUUUUUAUUUUUUUUUUUUAAAGUGCUCAACUUUCGAUAUUUUAUCAGGACUGGGGUGCUCAAAAGAUAGAUCUCCAACUAUUGUAGGACUACAACUCCCAUGAUUCUCAUCUGUGCUACAGGCAUUCUGAAACUUUGACAUAAUUACUCACAGUAACCUUAUCUGUAAUCAUAAAAACGUAGAAUGUGACGACAGAUAAGAACCAUUCAGCCCAUCUAGUCUGCCCAAUUUUUUAAAUACUUCCAUUAGUCCCUGGCCUUAUCUUAUAGCUAGGAUACCCAACAGAAAAUUGCAUUAGGCUUGUCAGUAAAAGCAAAAAAUUCAAGAAACCACUGUGGUACUCCGCAGAUGUGGCCAAAAUAGUUAAAAACAAAAAGUUAGCAUUUAGGAAUUAUAAAAAAACCCAGAGUGAGGGAGACAAAAUGAUCUAUAAGAUUAGGCAGAAAGAGGCUAAGCAAGUUAUAAGAGCUUCCAAAUCACACACAGAAGAGAAAAUAGCACAGUCAGUAAAAAAGGGGGAUAAAACAUUUUUUAGAUACAUAAAUGAGAAAAGAAAAGUAAAACAAGGAUUAGUUAGAUUAAAAACAAAAGAAGGAAGGUAUGUAGAAGAGGAUAAAGGUCAGGCUGACUGCCUCAAUGAAUAUUUUUGUUGUGUAUUUACAGAAGAAAAUGAAGGAAAGGGACCUCAGUUGAGAAAAAGGAUAAAUGAGUCAUUUAUUACACAUGAGUUUACAGAGGAAGAGGUUCUAUUUCAACUGUCAAAAGUAAAGACAAAUAAGUCAAUGGGACCUGAUGGAAUACACCCAAAGCUAUUAAAAGAGCUUAGUGGUGUACUAGCAAAACCAUUAACAGAUUUAUUUAACCAAUCAUUGUUAACAGGAGUAGUCCCAGAAGAUUGGAAGUUAGCGAAUGUUGUGCCCAUUUACAAGAAAGGUAAUAGGGAGGAGUCGGGCAACUAUAGGCCAGUAAGCCUUACUUCAGUAGUGGGGAAAGUGAUGGAAACCAUGUUAAAGGAUAGGAUUGUUGAACAUCUAAAAACACAUGGAUUUCAAGAUCAGAGACAACAUGGGUUUACUUCAGGGAGAUCAUGCCAAACUAAUCUUAUUGAUUUUUUUGAUUGGGUAACUAAAACUAUAGAUCAGGGUGGUGCAGUAGACAUUGCUUACCUAGAUUUCAGUAAGGCUUUUGACACUGUUGCACAUAGAAGGCUUAUCAAUAAACUGCAAUCUUUAAGUUUGGAUUCCAAUAUUGUUGAAUGGGUAAGGCAGUGGCUGAGUGACAGGCAACAGAGGGUUGUAGUUAAUGGAAUAUAUUCGAAGCUUGGACUUGUCACCAGUGGGGUACCUCAAGGAUCUGUACUUGGACCCAUUCUCUUUAAUAUUUUUAUUAGUGAUAUUGCAGAAGGUCUUGAUGGUAAGGUAUGUCUUUUGCUGAUGAUACUAAGAUAUGUAACAGGGUUGAUGUUCCAGGAGGGAUAAGCCAAAUGACAAAUGAUUUAGGUAAACUAGAAAAAUGGUCAGAAUUGUGGCAACUGACAUUUAAUGUGGAUAAGUGCAAGAUAAUGCAUCUUGGACGUAAAAACCCAAGGGCAGAGUACAGAAUAUUUGAUAGAGUCCUAACCUCAACAUAUGAGGAAAGGGAUUUAGGGUGAUUAUUUCUGAUGACUUAAAGGUAGGCAGACAAUGUAAUAGAGCAGCAGGAAAUGCUAGCAGAAUGCUUGGUUGUAUAGGGAGAGGUAUUAGCAGUAGAAAGAGGGAAGUGCUCAUGCCAUUGUACAGAACACUGGUGAGACCUCACUUGGAGUAUUGUACACAGUACUGUAGACCGUAUCUUCAGAAGGAUAUUGAUACCUUAGAGAGGGUUCAGAGAAGGGCUACUAAACUGGUUCAUGGAUUGCGGGAUAAAACUUACCAGGAAAGGUUAAAGGAUCUUAACAUGUAUAGCUUGGAGGAAAGACGAGACAGGGGGGAUAUGAUAGAAACAUUUAAAUAUAUAAAGGGAAUCAACACAGUAAAGGAGGAGACUAUAUUUAAAAGAAGAAAAACUACCACAACAAGAGGACAUAGUCUUAAAUUAGAGGGACAAAGGUUUAAAAAUAAUAUCAGGAAGUAUUACUUUACUGAGAGGGUAGUGGAUGCAUGGAAUAGCCUUCCAGCUGAAGAGGUAGAGGUUAACACAGUGAAGGAGUUUAAGCAUGCAUGGGAUAGGCAUAAGGCUAGGGACUAAUGAAAGUUUUUAGAAAAUUGGGCAGACUAGAUGGACCGAAUGGUUCUUAUCUGCCGUCACAUUCUAUGUUUCUAUGUUUCUACCCUUAUGCCUAUCCUGCGCUUGUGUAAACUCCUUUACUGUGUUAACCUCUACCACUUCAGCUGGAAGGCUAUUCCAUGCAUCCACUACCCUUUCAGUAAGGUAAUACUUCCUGAUAUUAUUUUUAAACCUUUGCCCCUCUAAUGUAAGACACUGUCCUCUGGUUGUGGUAGUUUUUCUUCGUAUAGACAAGAUAUGUGGUAAUAUGAUUUUGUUCUGCAUUCACACACACAUUGCAUAGUUCCUGUGAAUUCUAUGCAGAGGUUGUGUAACUUUAAGAACACAGUGUAUUAAUCUGCAUCUCCCAUUGUAUUUUACUUUGUACCUCCAAGCUAUCAGUUUUCUACAUAUACCCAAUGUUCAUCAACGCUUAAACAUUCGCUGAUCUGAUAUCCAAUAAAAUAUAAAAACCAAAAAAUAAUCUGCUAAUAUUAAAAAAAAUCUGUACUUCUGAAUUGAUCUCCUUGAUCACAGUAGAGUGAUAAAUAUGCUCAAUAUGCUUUUAAUAAAAAUCCUGGGGAGACUGGGGUCCGGAAAGAUAUUUCUGAGGUUCACUUUCAUUCACAAUUGAUGCAGGAAACAGAUUAGUGUUUUAUUCACUUGGGGAGUGAUUUUAUAUACCAAAUAAACCAGAGAGGGAGAAUUUGUCCUGAAGCAGUUGAUUAUUACAUUAUGCCAUUUAUUUCUCUUGAAAUGCGCAGGUCAGAGUGCAAUUAGAUUUAUUACAUGUAAAUGUUUUAACAUAAAAACUGAUUUAAUUUGGAUUGCAUUCUCUUUCCAGACAGUGUAUGAAAGCUGGUUCAUAUCGUUGUACAAUGUACUUUACUCCAGCCUCCCUGUUCUCCUUGUUGGUUUGUUGGAUCAGGUAGGAAAAAAAUAAUAAUUAAGGAACGCUCCAAACACCUAAAGCUUGCUGAAGAAUGUGUGCCUCCCCCCCCCCUUUUUUUUUCCAUUUUACAAAAAGUUAAUAUUUCUAUAUAAAUUAGCACUAUUAUAAAUCAAUCUUGUUACACCCUUGUUGCUGUCAAAAAGACAACAAGUCAUGUUACUUCCUGGUUGUUUAGCUCAUUGGAGCUAAACUAAAGGGCAUCAAUUGCCCAGAGCACCUGCCUUGCAAAGACCUGUCAUUCAACUGCAUUGGGAAGACUGUGAUUGGACAGUCACAGAAAGUCUGGGCAGGGGAAGAAGAGGAGGGCUUACAGUCUGGGGCCAGAUUUCCCAUUAGCCUACAGGUGCCUGCACUAGGGGGCGUCGGUUUCCAGCACUAAUAAUGUGCAUUUUUUAGCUUAAAUAGGCUGAUAGGGAGAUACGUACCAGGAACCUUGGAAAGUGUCCUCUGUAGGCCAGUCAACCCUAAUAGCUGAGCUGAAGCAGCUACACAGGGUGUAAAACUGUGUUAUCCUAGCUCCUCCAGUGUUUUUUUUGUGUGGGGCUUGAUAGGAAGAAGGGAAAACCAUCAGUCAACUAGUAACCUCUCACAGAGGAAAUGCUUUGUAGGAGAAGCCUUAACUGAUACACACUGCAUAACUGCUCCUGGAUCUCGAAUAUCAAUCUGACUGGUCUACAGAAGACAUAGGAGGGUGAGUACUUUGUAAAUAACCCUUCAAGUUCCAGCACUCAAAGCCUAAACCUUAUAGGCACCCAGACCUCUUCAUCUCAUUGAAAUGGUCUGGGUGCAGUGUCUGUUACCAUAAACCCUGGUUUAAUGCUUUCCUAUGGUGAAGGCCUAAUGUGCCCGCGCUGCGCUCUCCACACAUGGGCAAUAGGUUGCAUCCAUUGGCUAAUGUCGGAGGAGGAGUGCUACCCACACUGGAAUCAGCUAAGUGACUUAAAGGGUUUUUUACUCUUUCAUUGAAGGGGAGCAGCAUGGCUCCUAGGGCAAAGGGACUCCUUAGCAUUAAGAAUACAUCUUUGUAUACCUAACACUUAAGGUUUCCUUCAGAAACUAAACACCUCACGUACCCCUGUAAUAAAUUUAACCCAACUUUGGUCCUGAGAUAUAAAUCCGGCCCUGUUUGCAAAUAACUGUUUAUUUACAUAUCCAUUCUCUAAACAUUGAAUAUCAACCGAAUCAGUCGAAUACUGUUUGGCUGUCAAUAUUGUUGUUGUUUUAACCCAUUCAACUACUCAGAAAUGGAAAUUUGGUUAUUUCAACUCCAUUUACCAGUCUAUUCAUCUGCAGUUUAGUUAGUCUGUCAAAAUUGUCCAAAUAACAUGACUGAUUCAGCUAUUCACAAACAGCCAAGAUUGGGUUUGUUUAUUUUUUCCUAUCUUCCUAAACUAAACACCACUUAACCCCUAAGAACUCCAGCCCUAACUCCUCUCCAAACCUGACUCUGACAAUAGUGGCGUCUUUCUCAUCCCCUAUGCCCCUUUCUCCUUUAGGAGGGAGAGCUUGCUGAAAUCUGGUUUUAAUUUGGUUGAGUUAUUUUCAAAUAAGACAUACUGUGGCAACAGGAUAGAUUUGAAAGUGGCGGGGAUCCAGCUUCGUUUGGUUAGCAAAUUCUGUGUUUAAUGAAUAAAUGUCUUUGUACAGUAUUACCACUUAGAUCCAUUCUUGCUAUUGUUUAUAUUAAUAUUGGACCUAGCAAUGUUUUGACCUCAGAAGGCAUUUGUCAAGACUCUUGGCUUUCUUUAUUGUGUGUGUUUAUUAGGGACCUUGAGUGGGUUCUAGAUGAGGUGCAUCUGAUUGCAUCCUAUGAUUUAGUGCUGCAUGUUAAAUGUGUUUCAUUACCUUUCCACAUUCCUUGCCACACUGAGGCAUUAAAAUAAUUCUAUAGUGUUAGGAAUACAAAUCUGUAUUAAAAAACUCUUUAGAUACUUACCAGAUUCCAAUGCCUCUUCUGAUGGGCGGUGGGGGUGGGGGGGGAGGGGGAUAAUGCACAUGCGCCACAAGUGCCUAUGGCCUUCCCCAAUGCUGCACUGCUUUCUUAUGGAGAUGUUAUGGACGCUGAAUGUACUCCUGCAGAGUGAGGACGUCCAGCGUCAGGUAGGCAAAAGUCCGUAAGCAACCAAGAAGUGCCUCUAGUUACAAUUUCUCAAAAAACUGGAAUGAUUUGCAAUGAUUUGGUUAAAUAUUCGAUUUUACUCCAGUAUGAUUAAGCAAUUUAUAGCAAGUGCAAGUUCUAAUUAGGGACCAAAUGUUAUGUGUGAGAACAAACCAUCGUUCUUGUAUAGGUAUUUUUACGUUCAAAAUAUUAGUUUUCAACUGGCAAAAUAUCGCUGUAGGCUUUUGUUAACCAUUUUGUGGUAAGGUGUACAGCACAUUUUUAUGCAGUUUUUUGCUUAACUUUUAAUAAUCUUCUCUUGAAGGAUGUAAGUGACAAGCUAAGUCUCCGGUUCCCACGUUUGUAUAUUCCUGGCCAAAAAGAUCAUCUCUUCAAUUAUAAGAAGUUCUUUUUGAGUCUGCUUCACGGUAUAGUGACAUCCCUCGUCAUUUUCUUCAUACCAUAUGGAGCAUUCUUAUUGACCAUGGGACAGGAUGGAGAAGCCCCCUCGGAUUAUCAGUCAUUUGCAGUCACGACGGCUACAGCACUUGUCAUUACUGUUAAUUUCCAGGCAAGUAGAAACUCAAACUUAAAAAAACUAAACGUUUAUUUUUAAUAUGAUCUUUUAAUGUGACAAUACAGUUAUAUUCUGCAAGUGGUGUUUAAGCCAUUGCGAUCCCCAUGUAUGAGAUUUCCUAUUAGGACCAUUCAAUUAUGUCAGGGUUAUCAUUUAUAAUAUAGACACAGGUAUACUAAUUUAAGAGUGCCUGAGUGUGAUUGUAAAUGGAAUACUCUAAGCACCAGAACCACAAACUGCUGUAGUGGUUAUGGUAUUAGGUGUGUCUUAUCAUGAUCCCUGGUAAGAUGGCAAGCUGAUUCCAAAUUGGUUGGGAAGCGGCAGGAAACAACGGUUAUUCAUAUUACAGCAUGCUGUAGUGGUUAAGGUUGCUUACAAUACUCCUUUAAUGACUAGUGACUUUUUGAAUACAUAAUGACGCUUCUGCAGUAUCUGUGUGAGUGAGGAUUUCUGUGUGAGGAUUUCUGUGUGUGUGUAGAACCAUUGUGCAUACAUGGGACUCACAUUGUAUACAUGCAGUAAUAGUGCUUGAUCACACAUUCUUUAUUUGGAGUCGUUUAAGUGUAGCUUCGACCUGUUGCAUUCACUGUUCCCCCUUUUUUUUUUUUUAUCUGAUAUGAACCUGUAUAUCACAUUUUAACUUCUCUCUUAACUCCUGCCCUAAAGCCACUAAUCCUCAUUAGAUUGAACAUAAAAUGCUAUCUUUUUAUCGAUUUUUGUCUAUUGAAAAAUGAUUAUUACUAUAUUUAUAUAACGCCAUGUACCCAUGUAUUUAUAUACUAUAACUUGCAUAUGACAAAUAUUGUUCUUUUCUGGAAAGUAUAAACUUUAAUAUGUCAGUUACUUUUAUGCAUGAAGACUGGAUAAUGUGUGCUGUUUCUAUUGUUUUGCAAUUUGCUUCUAGAGGCGAUUGGGCUUUCAAGUCUGGAAAAUUUACAACUAACUUGCCUAUCGUUCUGUGACAACAUUGUGAAAAGUUAUGACAAACAUAAUAAAGAUUAAUAAAAUAUAUAUUGAAGGAUACAAUUGAGUUAACUUUUAUUUAUUUUUCUUGUUCUGGAUAGAUUGGGCUUGAUACCUCGUACUGGACUUUCGUUAACGCGUUUUCAGUGUUUGGAAGUAUUGCCAUUUACUUUGGGAUAAUAUUUGACCUCCACAGUGCUGGAAUCCACGUUCUCUUUCCAUCCACGUUCAUAUUCACAGGUAUACUUAAGCCUUUCUCAUUGCAAAGUUGUGUCUAUGCAUCUUCAUAUUCACUGCAUAUAUAAACACUCUCUAAAGGUGCACCUUGCAGACACAGGAUCUAGUGGUUGGAAAACUUCAUGUGAGCCGUUACAGAAAGAUUCAAUUUUUAGUGUAUUACUCAUGUGAAAAAUUAUUUAUACUUUGCCUAAAAAUGGCAUACGUCAUAUUCACUUGUGCAGUAUAUGUUGAAAAAGGAUAUCUGGCAUUGCUUAUUACAUCACUUUUAGGCUUAGGGAAGGUGUUUUCAGAGUAGAGAUGACCAUCUUAGAAUUGUUUUGAUUGAAGGGAUAAGAACAACUCUAGUGGCGGUCUUCCUGACAGCCACGAGAGGCGCUUGCACAGCAACAACAGAGUUUCAUUAGGUCAUGUGAUAUAACCGGUGCAUCUUGUCCCCAUUGCUCCUCUGUAAAGAGCAGUGGAUUGGCCAAUCAUAGAAGAAGUAACACAUCUAGGAUGACAUAGUGGGAGGAGGUUUUUUUUUAAUUUUAUUUUAAUUUUUUAUGUUGAAAAGGGGUUGGCUGAAUCUAAAUGUGGAGUAGGACACAUUUGUUUAACAUGUAAAUAGCUCUUAAUGUAAUACAGUUCGUUUAUCAUACUUACUUUGACCAGGUGAUAUAAUAGGCAGAGCUCUCGGUUUUGAACAAGUAUUCUAAUAAUGCAUCACAAUGAAUGGUUGGGCAUAGGUUAACGAUUUAUCAUGGGAGUUGUAUUUUUACUGAUGUAGUAUUAAUUUGAUAACUAAAAUAUGCAACACAUUUUUCUCUGCAAACAUUCAGGCGCAGCACCAAAUGCAUUACGACAACCAUAUCUCUGGCUAACCAUAAUCCUUACUGUUGCCAUCUGUCUACUUCCUAUUGUUGCGAUACGGUUCUUGAGCAAGAUGAUCUGGCCUACUGAAAGUGACCUAGUAAGUGACAUUAUUUCAUCGGCAAGUUCCUACUACAUUUCCUAAUUCAAGAAUAAAUUAUUUUAUUUAUUUAUGGUAUUACAGAGGACAACUGUGUAAGGGUGCUCUUUAUGCCAUAAUGGCAAAUUUGUUUGAGGCACAAUACCCAAAUUCCUACAGAAAAAGAUCUGAAGGUUUACUGUUCAUGUCGCACAUUUGCCAAGAAUGUUUUCUUUUGUUUGUUAGGUCACUACACCAUUUAUUUUAACACCAUGUCUGCUGGUUGCAUAAGCCUAAUUAUUUAUUUGUGAGUUAGUUGUUUAGAUCAUAGGGUAAUGAUUUGAAAGUUUGAAACCUACGGGAGAGUGAGGUUCCUUUUGUUAAUUAGCCAAAUUUCUACAAAUUCUCGUAACAAUCUGUUUAUUUUCAGGAGAACUGGGUGCACAUUUGUAGCAUAGGACAUUACCAGGGAUUGGGACACAAGCUACAACUGUAUCACAUCUGACAAUUCUGUUGAUCCAACACAGGGGUUCCUAAUGUUUUUCAACAUGGACCAAACUCUUAGCUUUCAACGCAUCCUUCACUUCUAAAACGAUCUCAAUAACACAUUCUUCAGUUUAUAAUUUGUAAUAUAAUAUAUGCUAAACAAAACCUCUGCAGACCAUCUUCACACACUGCUGUUGGAUGUGUUUCCAGUACUAUGAGGAAGGUAGGGCUGCUACAGGACACGGGUUGUUGUGAGCAAUUGCCCGAGGGCUGACAAAUGUGUGCCAGUUCCAAAAAGUGGGGACACAAUAAAUUGGCAUGUGGUCCGGACCCAAAAAGUUAAGAACCACAUUGAUCAAACAACUAGUCUUCCAGCAAGUUAGACUGUACACCAUGUUUAAAUAGAACCAUUAAAUGAUCACGGGAAUGCCUCUUAAUUUUGUUAUAGUGAAUUAGUAAGUAUAUUUUACAGGACCUAUUUGCCAAUGUAAUUGACACCUUCUUUUGAACAUUCAAAUGUAUUCUUUUAUUUCUUUCUUUUCUUAGGUUCAGAAGAACAGAAAAAAAUACAAGGAGGAAGCAAAGUGGAGACCGAGAUUCAGUACAAUUCGGCGUGGUGCAGCCGCGCGCCGUUCUGCUUAUGCUUUCUCACACCAGAGAGGAUAUGCAGACCUCAUCUCUACCGGACGCAGUAUACGUAAAAAACGAGCAACACUUGACGCCGUCUUGGGGAGCAAUGCUGCAGAAAUUGUCCAGUCUGCUGGGAAUAUUUCAUGAUGCAAUAAAACUUUCCGUUAGUCUUUCUUUUUUACUCAAAUGGUUGCACAUGGACUAUGUGUAUAUAUUUUUUUAAAAAGCCAUUCUUUCUCUCAGGUUUUUUUGUGUUUUUUUCAUUUUAUAAAGCGGAUACAUAUGUUACUAUGUUCUACAACGCUGAUUGCUUGAAACAAAAACUUUUCAAAACAAAAGGACUAAUGUUUUGUUCAGGUUUUUUAUUUUAUAUCUGUUCUACAAGAAGAAAUGUUUUCUUAAGGAACUGUGGGUGCAAAUUAGGGAGUGUCUUUCGAGGCAUACAUUAGUGAUUGGUUUUGCCAAAGUUAAGCAUGUGAAUAUGAACUGGCAUUAUACAAGCACAGCCAAAUGUUUUAAAUUCUGUGACUUCUGGAUGUUUUCUCUGUACUUGGACAUUUUUAUUUGAACUGCAGCACCUGUAAAAUUUGGUUUACAUUUUAGCCUUUGGAUAUUUAAAAAGAAUAAUAAACUGUAGUAAAGUUAUGUGUUCCUGUAUUAAUAUCUCUAUAUUAAGGAUUAAUAUUAUCUAUGAUUUGUGGUAUUUUUGUUUGGGGGGGGGUGAGGUUAUGUAUGUAUGUGCAGUGGUGGAGAAAAGAAAGUACACUGUGAGUACUAUAGUUUUACAUAUCGGGACAUGAUUACAAUCAUCUGUUCCUUAGCAGGUUUUAAAAUUAGGUAACUACAACCUCAGAUGAACAACAACACAUGCCUUAUUACACCAUUUAAUGAUUUAUUUAACAAAAAUAAAGCCAAAUGGAGAAGACAACAUGUGUGAAAAAUGUAGUACACCCUUACUGCUUCCAUAGGAACGAAGAGGUAAGUAGCAGACAAAUGACUUCUAUAUCAUCAGUAAGUGUGACCACCUCUAUAAAAGCCAAUGUUUUAGCAGUUUGCAGGUCUGGAGCAUUUAGGUGUGUGUUAACACAAUACCAAGGAGGAGAGACAUCAGCAAUGAUCUUAGAGAAGCAAUUGUUGCUGCCCAUUAAACUGGGAAUGGUUGUAAGGCCGUGUGUGUGUGUGUGUGUGUGUGUUCAGGUGAGUGCAGCCCUCUUGGUUUCUAUAUUAGGGAGUCCAAGCCAACUCCCCAGUUUUGCACCCCUCUUUGUCACAGUGCAUCAUUCUAGGGCCCUAUUUAAUCUUGCACUGCAGAGCGCCCCGAGAGUAAGUUUUUCCUAAGUAACAGGGUUAAUCUCGUAGUUCGGAUAGGACCUCUCAUUAAUAGGGUACAGCCGUGCUUUGGCAAGCAAAGCUUAUGCAAUGUAUGAUCAUAUACUGCAAUUAAACCCUAAUUACUUUUGCCUAGGUAAGAUGUUAACAAAUAAAUAUUACAUUCUGUGAGCUUUGAAGUUGCAUUUAGUGAUGUGUACAGUGGAUAGGAUGUAUUUAGAUUUUGCCAAGGCGUUUGAUAUGGUUCCACACAAUAUUAUAAAGCGCUACGGAAUCUGUUGGCGCUAUAUAAACGGCAAUAAUAAUAGGCUAGGACAUGUUUCGUCCAUUUUUGGACUUUUUCAAGAGCUGAAAAAGUCCUGAAAAUGGAUAAACCCAUUGAGCGAAUCCAAAUAGACGAAUACACUGUAAACUUUGGUGAAUUGGGACUGUGGCAAAUGUGAGAUACUGAAUAACUGUGCUUUUCCAGCAUAUUGCUAUUACUGCAUAUUAUCCUGGGGACAGUGUGUACAUCCCGGAGAAGUGGCCCCCUGCAUAUAAAUAUCACAAUUUCUUUUGUGCGUACUUCUUUGUGAGUGUCUAUUUGGCUAUUUAACUUAUGUUAUAUUAAAU